GCGCGCUCCACGCUAGGGUCCACCUAGUGUUACCCGCACAGUGCGCGCCCCCGCGGCCCCCGCCCCUACUGUUUGUCACCGACAGCGCGGCAAAGAGACUGCAAGAGACUGCUGGCGAGAGACGGCCGGACACCACCGGGGAGAAGGGAAUAGAGAGCAGGAGAGUCCAGAGAGACAGCAGCAGGAAAGCUGUACAGUCUGAGUGAGCGGGAGGGAAUUAGACUGCUCCACGGACACUGUGACAGGGACACACAGAGACAGACAGCUACAGAUAUAGACAGACAGACAGCCCGCCACAAUGAACCCGAGCUGUGCCCGGUGCAUGAAGAUCGUCUAUCCAACGGAGAAAGUCAACUGUCUGGACAAGGUAAUGCUGUGCAUCCCAAUAUACACCAUAUAUUACAUAUACCAUCUCAUAGAUAUACCCUGAAUCCCAAUAUACACCAUAUACCAUAUCAUAGAUAUACCCUGAAUCCCAAUAUACACCAUAUACCAUCUCAUAGAUAUACCCUGAAUCCCAAUAUACACCAUAUACCAUAUCAUAGAUAUACACUGAAUCCCAAUAUACACCAUAUACCAUAUCAUAGAUAUACCCUGAAUCCCAAUAUACACCAUAUACCAUAUCAUAGAUAUACCCUGAAUCCCAAUAUACACCAUAUAUUACAUAUACCAUAUCAUAGAUAUACCCUGAAUCCCAAUAUACACCAUACAUUACAUAUACCAUCUCAUAGAUAUACCCUGAAUCCCAAUAUACACCAUAUACCAUAUCAUAGAUAUACCCUGAAUCCCAAUAUACACCAUAUACCAUCUCAUAGAUAUACCCUGAAUCCCAAUAUACACCAUAUACCAUAUCAUAGAUAUACACUGAAUCCCAAUAUACACCAUAUACCAUAUCAUAGAUAUACCCUGAAUCCCAAUAUACACCAUAUACCAUAUCAUAGAUAUACCCUGAAUCCCAAUAUACACCAUAUAUUACAUAUACCAUAUCAUAGAUAUACCCUGAAUCCCAAUAUACACCAUACAUUACAUAUACCAUCUCAUAGAUAUACCCUGAAUCCCAAUAUACACCAUACAUUACAUAUACCAUCUCAUAGAUAUACCCUGAAUCCCAAUAUACACCAUACAUUACAUGUACCAUAUCAUAGAUAUACCCUGAAUCCCAAUAUACACCAUAUACCAUAUCAUAGAUAUACCCUGAAUCCCAAUAUACACCAUAUACAUAUACCAUAUCAUAGAUAUACCCUGAAUCCCAAUAUACACCAUACAUUACAUAUACCAUAUCAUAGAUAUACCCUGAAUCCCAAUAUACACCAUAUACCAUAUCAUAGAUAUACCCUGAAUCCCAAUAUACACCAUAUACAUAUACAUAUACCCUGAAUCCCAAUAUACACCAUAUACCAUAUCAUAGAUAUACCCUGAAUCCCAAUAUACACCAUAUAUUACAUAUACCAUAUCAUAGAUAUACCCUGAAUCCCAAUAUACACCAUAUACCAUAUCAUAGAUAUACCCUGAAUCCCAAUAUACACCAUAUACCAUAUCAUAGAUAUACCCUGAAUCCCAAUAUACACCAUAUAUUACAUAUACCACAUCAUACAUAUACACCAUACAUUAUAUGUACCACAUCAUACAUAUACCCUGCACCCUGAUAUACACCAUAUUUUACAUGUCCCAUCUCAUACAUAUACCCUUCACCCUGAUAUACACCAUAUAAUACAUUUACCAUGCCUUUUAAUAUACACCAUCUCAUACAGCUACCCUGCUUCCCAAUAAACACCAUCUCAUACAUCUACCCUGCUUCCAAAUAUACACCAUCUCAUACAUCUACCCUGCUUCCAAAUAAACACCACUUCAUAGAUAUGCCUUCCAGUAUACAUAAUCUCAUAGCUCUACCCUGCAUUCCAAUAUACACCAUAUAAUACAUAUACCCUACCUUCCAAUAUACACUCUAUCAUACAACUACUCUGCCUUCCAAUAUACACCACUUCAUGCAUAUACCCAGCCUUCCUAACACUCUCAUACACAUGCUCUACCUUCCAAUAUACACCAUCUUAUACAUAUAUUCUGCCUACCUAUCCCAUACACAUACUCAUCUUUCCUCUAUAAAAACUCUUCAUGGAACAUAUACUAGCUCUUAUGUGCUCCACCCUUGCAUAUAUAUUACAAACACAUAAUCUACCCAAUCAUGUAGACUACAUACACUUACUCUACCCAAGCAUAUAACCUACAUAAACAGGUAAUCUGCCCAAUCAUGGGUUUUGCAUACAGGUAAUCUGCCCAAACAUGGGGUUUGCAUACAGGUACUCUGCCCAAGCACGGGGUUUGCAUACAGGUACUCUGCCCAAGCACGGGGUUUGCAUACAGGUACUCUGCCCAGGCACGGGGUUUGCAUACAGGUACUCUGCCCAAGCAUAUAGUUCAUAUACAAGUACUCUGCCCAAGCAUAUAGUUCAUAUACAAGUACUCUACCCAGGCGUGUAGUUCAUAUACAAGUACUCUACCCAGGCGUGUAGUUCAUAUACAAGUACUCUACCCAGGCGUGUAGUUCAUAUACAAGUACUCUACCCAGGCGUGUAGUUCAUAUACAAGUACUCUACCCAGGCGUGUAGUUCAUAUACAAGUACUCUGCCCAGGCGUGUAGUUCAUAUACAAGUACUCUGCCCAAGCGCCUUGUUUGCAUACGCGCUCUCUGCUGAGACUUGUAGUGCACAUACAAGUCCUCUACACAUGCAUGUUGUUCAAUAUGUAUUAUAUAGACACUGGAUAUUCACCCAUGCAUUUACCCCAAUGUAUAACUCCAAGGGAUAUGUUCAGAGACCAGGUUUGUUCUCUCUCAUAAGUACAUUGCCCACUUAAGGUUCCCACACAUGGCUGAACUGCCCAAUAGUAUGAUUCCAAGCACAUGUGCAUUUUCCUUUGUUAUACAUGCUCUGCACCCAAGUAUCUAGCAUUACAUAUAUGCACUUAGUUUAGUGAUACAUCCUGAACACCCCCCUAUGUUUGCAAACCGUUGUCAUGUAGCACUGUACUAUUAAAUCCUUAAUACAUUGUAAAAUGCACAUAGGGCUUAAGCAAAAGUAUCAGGUAUACUUGGCAUAGUGUACAUUACAUGUGCUGCAUAUCCUUCAGUCUAAACUUGGCUACACACCUUUUAGAAUGAAACGGGCCUUCCUCUUUAGGCCUUCCUACUUGUAUACUAGAAUUUCUACAUACACCUCAUAUGCUGAAUUACUUGUUUUUUUUAACCUUGCCAUGUUAAAUGUAUUCUUUCAUUUCAAUUUCUUAUUCUAAUGUUGGAUUUUAACUGCUGUGGCAGGAAAUCUCUUAAUUGUACCAUUUCAAUAAACUGCAUGUCUUUGUACGCAUAGAGUAACCUACAAGGCCUAUUCAGCAUUUAUAGAACAUUCAUGCUAGGUACUUGACCUUGUGUGUGUGUGUGUGUGUGUGUGUGUGUGUGUGUGUAACACACACAGUGAGUAUCAGUUGUACUUGGCCAUGUGUCCUGAAUAUGAACAAGUAUUACUUGUCACAAUUCAUCUUCAUCUGGGAUUUUAUUGUUCAUUUGUCUGUGGAUAUCUUUAGACUACAUUUAUUCAAGCAUCGCAGAAUAGGGUUGUAAUAAUUGUUUGCAAUAAAUUGACUCAAAAUUUUCAAUAUGCAAAACAUUCUGUAGGUGAUAUUCUAUAUUGGUCAGUUGUUUCUGUUUAGUGUGCUACUUGAUGUGUACAUACUGCUGAUGGGUGGUGCACAUCCUGAAUCCCUUAUCACAGCUAGUCCCUGCUACAGAGUAAUCAAGUCACUCAGAUUUGUUCUGCAAAAUACAGAGCCUCUUUCUUAUCCUCUGCUUUGAGUACAUUUUGACCCCUAUGUCUGCCUCUUGUGUAAUGCCCCCUCCCUCUUUUAAGCCGCCAUGUAUGCGGAAGUUCAUCUAUCCCUGGCAUCUACUGCAUAUCAUUUAUUUUCUUGGAGUUAACCCGUUAUCGCCUCCUACAUCCACUCCCUCUCAGUCUUCCUGCUUGGGAAUUCCAACCCCCUCCUUCCGAAAAUCAUAAUUCGAGCUAAGCAAUAACAAUUACAAAAAAUAUAUAUGUAUGUAAAUACAUCCUUAUAUGCAUUAGGAAAACAAUCUACUGAAAGGGAAUAGAAAUAAAAAGCGGUUUAUGGGGAAGCACUGUAAAUUUUCCAUUAUCUGUUUGCAUGCAUGUAGCCACAAUUAGGCAGUUUUAUUUGACUUAUUUUUUUAUUUUUUAGGUCACCUUUGUAAAAACAUGUUUUAGUUUAACUCUUUCUGUGAUGUGCAGAUACUUUUUUUUUGUGUGCUGGCAAGGGUUAAUAGCUCCCUCCACACUGCCUAGUUCUGACCCCUGGAGUUCAUUUUCCCAGGGCUAAAAUAUCUUGCAGCAUACUUUCUCCGCCCAAGUCCCCCACCCUCUGUAAAUGGUCUCCUUUUGUGUAUUGCUUCCGUUAAACUGAAUAGAACUGAGAAAUUCUGGAGUGUUGUGUAAAUGCCUGUCUAUUAGUGUGCCUUUCUUUGUUUUUGCAUGUAUAUCCGUGUAAGGCAUACUUGUUGCACAAUAAGUUUUCUGUGUUGAAUACUUGCUGGACUUUAGUCACCUCUUGUGACGUGAGAGGCUGACUAAAGUAAGAAGUCAUCUUUGGAAUCUCUCUUUCCAUCCUGAUUGAUUUAAAAAAAAAUAAAAAAAUUCCUCUUCUCCUUGGAGAAGCUAAUAGUUUUUAUCUGCCCCAUAGCAAUUAUCUGGAUUUUAUCUUCCUCUCUGCCUUUUCCCUACAGCAAUAGCUCAAACCUUUUUGUCUGAGUACUGACUGCCAGUCCUUCCUGCUUCUGGCCAAGAAUCUAUUUUCUGUAAUGGGGAACACUUUUCUCUGUUCUGAAUAUCUGCGUGAACCUUGCUUCUUUCCAUGCAAACUAGUUGCUUCCCUCAUUAAGGUGAUUCAAUUCUCUCCACAUGUUAUUCCAUGAAACAGACACCUCUCCUCAUGUACCUAACAAGCAAGAGAAACCAUUUCCCAUGUUGGAUGGCAUAGUGAACAUGUAAUCCCUCUCCCAUUAAGCAGAUGUUUAUUUUUUCCUUAUUUUCCUUACCAGCACUAUUAAGAAAUGCGUGACAUCAGAGGUUGUAUGUGUGCUACUACAACUUUAACCUUCUGCUCUCCCAUGGCCCAUGUGUUUCACAGACACAAAUAUUUUAUGGAAUCUUUUUAGAAGAUGUACAUUCCACAAACAUGGGGCAGCCUUUUCUCCUGUAAAAUACCGUUAUUUUAUUGAUUUGAAGUGCAGACGUGUAGAGGUGUUGUUUUUUGUUUUAUAAAGACACCCUUUUUCACUCUUGAAACCACUUCAGAUUGUUUCAAACUAAUUUUUCUUUCUUAGAUGUAUGUGUGAAUAAUGUAUCCUAUAUAUAUGAUCUGUCUCAAGAUAUAAAUUGCGUUAUUUUUAUUUAAUAGUGUAAUUAGUGCAAAAAUAGGAAUUUAUUAAGGAUCACCAAGCCUUCGAGAAUUUUAAUGUCAGUCUGUCUGAGCUAUGCACAAGAAUAUAAUGAAUCCAGUGCAAAAUGAAGGUAAAUAGCAAGAACUAGUUAAUAAGAUUAAAUCAGAAAUCUAUUAAUUUCCACUAAUAAGACAGGUAGUAUAACACAAAUCAAAGAAACCAUGCAAACCCCCCAAAAAAUAAACCUGUCUGACUAGUGAUAUCUUCAUAGCCUGUCCUCAUAAUGGGUGUAAAUUUUGGUUCAGAAGGUAUGAAACUCCUUAAAUGGUUAAAUCACCUUGUAUCUCGUGAUGGAAGAAUCAGCAGCCUUAUGAAGCUGAGUGGUAACUUCUUCUUUCAGGGUAUUUGAAUAAUUAUCAAAUACAAUGUUUAAAUUUUCCUAUCCUAGCCUCAUUUAACAGAGUGUAAAUUUUCUUAAAGGCAUCAUGUAUUAUUUUUUAUUAUUAUCUUUACUUUGUAAAAUAUGCAACACUUGUUCGGCAUAGAACAGUGCAAAUAAGAAACAUUGCUUUUCCCACUCCUGUGUGCAUGGUCUACAACCAAUCUUAUUUUCUAUUAGCAUGCCUGGGCUAAACCUUUUUAUGUUGUCCCUAGGUGGUUUUAUGAAUGAAAUGAACUGUAAAUGACGGUGCAUAGUUUAACUUUGAAAGCAAGUAGAGUUGUCUUUCUUCCUUUCUUUUUUAAAAUUUUUUUUUUCAAGGUCUGUCGUAGCAAAAACAAUUUUUUAGUUUAUUCUUACUCCUACUCCUUACUAUUUUUAAUAUUUUUUUAAUGAAUUAUAUCAACAUGUAGUAAAGUGAUGCAAAGUUCUAAAAUUAAGAAAUAAAUGGAAUCUGCAGGCACAUUCCAUUGGUGUUUGGCGCUGUUCCCCAUUUAGGGGCCAAACAAUUUAGCAAUGGUUUGCCACUUACCUUGGUCUAGCAGGAUAUCGAGCCUCGUGGAAAGCCUGCUGACCAGCCUCUGGUUUUUACAAAGCUAUAGAUGCCUGAUGUCGAUCCUGCCACACAUUUAGUAGCUGAGCGCAUCAAUUGAGCUUGCUCCGCAUAUGUAUUAACUUAUGUGCAAAGAAAUAUGCACAGAAUUAACUCUUGUUCCGGACUGGCUAAUGACGUUGCCAGAGGUAGGGUUACACCUCAAACAGCUGGCCUAAAUAUCGCUGUAUGUGCAGUGUUCUGUACUGAAAUGCUUCACAUAUAGGCUGCAAGCACCAGGAUGGCCUCAAAAUGCUGAAGUGUUUAUGGUUAUUGGAGUAACCCUUUAAGUAUGCACGAACAUUUGUAAUGCAUUAUAUUUCUAAUACCUAAUAUUUCUUGUUCUUUACCAUUUAUUAUAGUGUAUAUAUUUGAUACUGAUUGCACGUCUAUCCGUUUUCUUUCCCUUCUAUAUACUUAUGCACAUCUAGUCCACAUCAACCAGUUACUGAUUGAUUACUCCUUGGAUGACCUGCUUUUCUAAAAUGAUCUCUGAAAUCCACAAAACCUGUUAGGUAGGCAGAGUUACUCUACACAUUAUACUAGCACAAUCAUGAAUAUAUAUUCUAUAGCUUGAGGGAUAAUACUUACUGAAAGAAAGAUAGUCCAUGUCUUCUGUAAGAUAUGCAUUGCAGAUAAUUCAGGUGCAAUGCUGUAUGUGUAAUUAUAAUUAAAGAGACCUGCAUCACUUCACAAUAUAUAUAUUUUUUUUUAACUAGCAAGUAAAUACUUUUAAAACCAAUAUAACAUUACAUUGUUGGACAUGCCUCUCGGCUAGGGGAGUUUAUUUAGCCCCCCUCACACCCCACUACCCCCCUCUGCCCAUCUCCAUUUCAUGCCAGGCCAGUAAUGACAGAAACAGGGCAUCAUUGUGCAGCAGCAGGAGAGCGAGAGACCUGACACCAGAGCCUGCUGUGCAUGAUCACACUCCCUCUCUUCUUUCCCUGUCAGGAUGUAGCAAGGUGAAGAGAUCUUCCAAAUGCACAUGUGUAAAUCUGUCAGGCAUGCCUGGUGCACUUUUUUUGCAUUCCUAGGGAUAUGACUCUGAUUGGUUACAUAACUGUCACCCCAGCAGUGUGUCUGGAAAAGUGUAAGAAAGAAGCAAGUAAAUAUGAAAAAAAAAAAUUUACCUGCUUUUUAAAGCCUGCAAAGUCAGACAAUGACUUUUGAAUGAGACAGUUGUCUCAAAGUGAUGCAUGUCCCUUUAAUGCUGAAAACGUGUGUAUCUAUCUAAUCAAUUUUAAAUGUAAACACUCAUUACUGCUGAUUGUUAUAAUCUUUAAAUGGACACUAUAGUCACUAAAACAACUACAACUCUUUGGAUUGGCUGAUAUCCUCAAUUCUGAUGUCAGCCAAAGAGGUGGAUCGUGGUGGACCAGCGCAGCGCUUGAAAAAGUUACGUUUUAACUCUUUCUAAUGGGGCAAGCCAAUUAAAUGGUGAUUUUAACACUAUAGGGUCAGGAAUACAUGUUUGUGUUCUUGACCCUAUAGUGUUCCUUUAAUAUUUGCAACCAGAUAAAGAUUUCAUAUUUAAAAUAGUAACGUUUCAGAUUAGUUUAGUUUAACAGUUAUCUGAACUGAUUUUGCUAUAUGCCAUUAGAAGUACGUAGAUAAUGAUGCAAUUAUUGCACGGUGAACUCCAGUUUAACAGGUUAAUCACUCAUAUUUGGAGUAUGACUUAAAUUACAAUUGUUCAUUGCGUGUACAUAGAUUUGUGGAGUAACAAUGGUAUUUUAUCGCUGCAGACACAAAUUCAAUUAACUUAGAUUAAUGGAACUAUGCAAUAUUUACAUUUCUGCUAUAAUAUGUAUACAGCUACAUCCUACGUAUCUAAUCCAUAAUUAAUGCUGAUCAACCUUUGGACUAUAACAUACCUUAAAUAGAAAACAUCUGUAGAUGUUUUCCUUUUAAAGGGAUUUUUUCUGGCACUAGAGAAUCCUGGAGUGCCCCCCAUCCCACGUCGCUGAAGCCCCUUCAGACACUUACCUGAAACCAGCUCCAAUGUCCCUCGGUGCUGGUUCAGGCUUCGCCCACGCUCCUUCCCCGCCGUGCGCCCAUUAGACCUCCCCAUAGGAAAGCAUUAUUUAAUGCUUUCCUACGGGGAUUCCGGUGACGCUCAAGGUCCUUGUGCAUAGCGUGAGGAUGUCCAGCAUCGUUUAGACGACGAGAAGUAGUCUAAGAAGCCGGAAGAGUCGGACUUAAGCCUGCAAGGUAAUUAUUGGAGUUUAUGAAAACUGUAAUAAUUACACUUACGGGGUUAUGGGUGAUGGGAGUUGGCACCCAGAUCACUUCAGUGGGCUGAAGUGGUCUGGGUGCCUGGAGUGUCCCUUUAAAUUUUUUUUAUUACUGACAAUAAUGGAGAUGUGGAAAGAUUGGGGUAAGGGUAACAGCCAGAAAAGACUGUCUAAUUCAUAGGGUAAAUACAUUUAUGCAUUAUCAGUAUAAUGUGUCCAUCUUAAGCUGCAGUGAUAGCCUGAGAGCAUAUUGUUAAAGGACCACUCUAGGCACCCAGACCACUUCAGCUUAAUGAAGUGGUCUGGGUGCCAGGUCCUUCUAGGGUUAACCCAUUUUUUCAUAAUUAUAGCAGUUUCAGAGAAACUGCUAUAAUUAUGAAUGGGUUAAGCCUUCCCCCUAAUCCUCUAGUGGCUGUCUCAUUGACAGCCACUAGAGGCGCUUGCGUGCUUCUCACUGUGAAAAUCACAGUGAGAGCACGCCAGCGUCUAGGAAAGCAUUGUAAAUGCUUUCCUAUGAGACUGAAUCUUGUAGCGCAGCUGCGUAGCGUCAGCAGAAAUCGGAGGGAGGAGGAGGAGCUCUCCGCCCAGCUGGAAAAAGGUAAGUUUUUACCCCUUUCCCCCUUCCAGAGCCGGGCGGGAGGGGUCCCUGAGGGUGGGGGCACCCUCAGGGCACUAUAGUGCCAGGAAAACGAGUAUGUUUUCCUUGCACUAUAGUGGUCCUUUAAGUUAGCCAAGUGUUCUCAGCCUAUCAAAUACCAUCUAGGUUAGAUGUAAUUGAUAUGUAUAAUGCAGUGCAAAUUUCACAUUAUCUUAGAACGGUAGAAUGGUUUGCAAGCGCUGGUAAUAACACCAGUUUUUAUUAUACCACUUGCAAACAUUUUGACAAUAGAGGAAGGCGUCUGUGUACCAUAACCACUAUACUGACUGUUUUUUUUUUUUUGUAUGUGUGUUUGUGUCUUAUUAAAAAUAAAAAGGACUUUACUCUUACAUUUUGAGAUUUUGCACUUUACAACGGUCAUCUUAACCUGCUUGUAUUUCCUUUUAUGUUCUGUACAAGCUUGCCAAGAUAUACAACUUCCUCUGUGUCAAAAUCUACGCUUGUACAUUCACUUCCUGCAUAUACAAUGCAAUUCUGUGUUUCAUGUGUAGGAAAUGUCCUGUGUACAUGACAUUGUGUUUUGACCAAUCCUGUUUAGAGGAAGCAACAGAGGUACACUGACUUAAAACCAAUAGACAAUUUUUCACAUCAUGCAUGAAUUUCAUGUUUUGUUGAAUAGCAGACUGAAACUUAAAACGUUUAUUCAUAAAAUCAAGAAUCAAUGACAAUUUCAAAUAAAAAUUUUCUGAGUUGGAAAAAUUCAGCUAUGCGUCUCGAUUGGCUGAUUUAGCGUACAAUUUAAAAUUCACUUUAAAGUCUAACAUUAAUUAGCAACUCUGACAGGGUUUACUAAAGUGAAGAUUCAAAGGCUAAAGUAGCUGAAUGGCAAACCUUCCCAAAGUCGGCUAUAUUGGCCUUAAAUUUGAAUUACAUUUGAAGUCUCACUUAGUGAAUAACCCCUGUAUAUGUUUUCCCACCAUAGAAUGGUUUACUCCUAACACAAGACAAGUGUAUUUCAGUUUUUUUUUUCUUUUUAGUGUUUCUAGCUUAAAGGAAAGCAUUUGUUAGAUCUAACUUAAAAUGGACACUAUAGUCACCAAAGCAGCUUUAGCUUAAUGAAGCAGUUUUGGUCUAUAGAUCAUGCCCCUGCAGUAUCACUGCUCAAUUCUCUGCAAUUUAUGAAUUAAAUAACUUUGUUUAUGCAGCCUUAGCCACACCUCCCUGCAUGUGACUUACCCAGCCUUCUUCAACACUCCCUGUAAAGUCAUCUAAUAUUUACACUACCUUUUGUUGUGAAUUCUUUCAUUUAGAAUUUCAUAUCUCCUGCUCUGUUAGUAGCUUGCUAGACUCUGAAGAAGUCUCCUGUGUGUAAUUAACGUUCAAUUUACAGAGUAGGAGAUAAACACUUUUAAAACACUUUACAUCUGAUUGAAAGUGAAACCAUUUUUUUCAUGCAGGCUGUAUCAGGAAUGCCCAGAGAGCUGUGGCUAGGGCUUCAUAAACAGAAACAAAAGUGAUUUAACUCCUAAAUGGCAGAGAAUUAAGCCGUGAAAAUUCAGAGGCAUGAUCUAAACAAUAAAACCGCUUCAUAAAGCUAAGGUUGUUUUGGUGACUAUAGAUUCCCUUUAAUUGUUGUCUAGUAUAUAAGCAGUGGUAGGUCAAAAUCCCAUUAUCCUUGACUGGACUGUGUAGUGAUUAGGACUUGAGCUGUUUCCUAUAUGAGUGUACUCCUCUCAGCAUCAUUAAGGAGACUCUGGUGAAGGAGGCAUAAAAUAAUAUUCAGUCAUUUGUUUGAGUAGAACAAAUUACAACGUCUAAUAAAGGAGACUGACUGAAUGUAGAAAAAUAAGGAAUAUUUCACAGUUUCACCUACAGUUGUUUGUAGCCACACCUCUUUCCUGAAUCUGGCAUUUUUCACCCAAAGUAUUGUCUGUUUUUUUAAAUCUUUAUAUUAGGAUAAUCUGUGAAGUCUGUUCUAAAUUGACUGCAGGGCAUUAACUUUAUCUGAACUAUAUUGCAAGGGGCACCAUCAUUUACCUAGAAUGCACAGUCAUUGCUUCUAAGUAUUGUGUUUAAGAACUGAACACUCAGUUAUAAAAAAUGUCACUUUCAGUGUUUAAUACUCAUGCCAUGUAACCUUUGGAUACUGUCUAACAGUUGACAGGAAUGUUGUUGUUCCUUAAAGGGACACUGUAGGCACCCAGACCACUUCAGCUCAUUGUAGUGGUCUGGGUGCUGUGUCCCUAUUGCUCUUAGUGCUGCAAUGUAAAACAUUUUACAUUCUAGCUCUGUCAGCCCUCAGUGGCUGUCUACCAGACAGCCACUGGGGGAGCUUCUGGAAUCUAAACGGACCUUUGGUCCGUUAUCUGACACUGAACGUCCUCACGCUCUGCAUGAGGACCUCCAGCGUCAGAUUUCCCCAUUAAUGCCAUUGCCACGCAUGCGCAUUAGGUUUCCCCCGCCGGCUGGUGUCGGUGGGGGAGGAGCGUGGGCAGGGCCUGACCCAGCUCCGAGGGACAUCGGCGCUGGAUUCAGGUAAGUAGCUGAAAGGGUUUUUACCCCUUAACCCCCGUGGGAUGGAGGGGCUCCUUAAAAACCUAUAGCGCCAGGAAAACGGGUUUGUUUCAGCCGACGGGGAGGAGAGCUCUCCGCCCAGCGCUGGAAAAAGGUAAGUUUUUACCCCUUUCCCCCUUCCAGAGCUGGGCGGGUGGGGGCACCCUCAGGGCACUAUAGUGCCAGGAAAACGAGUAUGUUUUCCUGGCACUAUAGUGGUCCUUUAAAGCACACAUAGAUACAUAUCUAUGGGAUAUACUAAUAUUAGGUGUAUUGCGUCAAGGAAGCCUGCGGUUCAUAGCAUAAUUACUUAAAAUGUAAUUCCAGGCUCCAAAACACUGUAAUCGAAAAUACGUUUUUAUGGUGCCAGGAUGCCCCCAGAGGCACUCUUAAUGGAAGAGUUAAACAGCUUUCAAGGGAUUUAACAACAAAGAUGCCUCCAGUGCUGGUCUCAGCUCCUCCCCAUGCGGCAUCCUGCUUCUGAAUUUUUACUUAGGAAGCGUGAAGUGCCUCUCGGCACGGGUGCUGCUGAUUGGGAGAGCAGCCAAUCAGUGACUCCCUAUUUACUAAACUGGUUUUCAAAGAAACUUACCUUUAACAAGCCAGUUUAGUGAAUGCCUAGAGCAGGGGUGCCCAAAAGGUAGAUUCCCACAUGUUGUAAAACUACAACUCCUGUGAUGCUUUGAACGCCUUUAGAAUGACAAAGCAUCAUGGAAGCUGUAGUUUUAAAACAUCUGGGGAUCUACUUUUUGGGCACCCCUGGCCUAGAGUGUCCCUUUAAUCAUAGGCGUGCGCAGCCUAUUGCAUUAGGGUGUGCAUCCUAAAGCACAAACACACGCCGUGUGUGUGUGUGUGUGUGUGUAUGUGUAUAUAUAUGUAUGUAUGUAUGUGUGUGUGUGUGUGUAUGUAUAUAUAUAUAUAUAUAUAUAUAUAUAUAUAUAUAAUAUACACACACACAUACAUACACUGCUGUGUUUGAGGGUGUUGUGUGUGUGAUGUGAGGGUGUUUGUGUGUGUGUUUGUUAGGGUCCUGUGAGGGUGCUGUUUCGGUGCUGUGUGUGUGUGGGGAUGCUGUGUUUCUUUGUGUGUGGGGGUGCUGUGCUGUGUGUGGGGGGUGGAGGUGGGGGUACAUUACUUAAUAUCCUCCCUCCCUUCUUACCUUAUGUAGGGAGGGGGCAUUCUUGUUCCUGCUGCUUUCCCUGGUGGUCCAGUGGAGAGUGAAUUGUAGCCUGUGAGGCUAGAGUUCACUCUCGCAAGACUUGAGCGUUGCCGCGGCAACGCUCAGAACUCGCAAGGGGAACCCGGCGGAGCUGCUGGUUGAGCUCCCCAGGUUCUCUCCUGCCUCCCUCCAUGCUGCAGUGGGGCGGGAAGGUGAGAGCAGAGCCGGCGCUCGUAUAGCACCGGCUCUGCAUGAGCCGACAGGGGAGAUCCUGAGAUCUCCCCUGCCGGUCUCACUCCAUAGGCGUGCAAUGGGGAUUAGGGUGUGCCCAUGCGCAUGCCUAUGCCUUUAAUUCUUAUCGACCUUUCAUCGUCAGUGACCAUAAUUAUAGCCGUAUUUUGUUUAACUGAAAGCAACAAGUAGCUGGUAAGUGACAUAAUGAGAUUCAUUUCAUGAGACACUGGGAUUAAGCAGGAAUCAAAGGGAGUAAGGGAUUGCACUUGGUGCAUCUGAAGCAUGCCAAAUUUUAGAUUUUUACAAUACUUCCAAUUUUAACUUCUAUUAAAACAUGCAAGUAGUUUAUCCAGAAGUCUCUUUACCCAUGGCAAGAUGAUAAAAUUAUAACCUGUUGCUGUAGAAAAGACUAUCAGCCAAUGUAUAUCUUUUGCAUAUAACGAUAACAUUUAUUUCAAAUCUUUUAAAGGACCACUCUAGGCACCCAGACCACUUCAGCUUAAUGAAGUGGUCUGGGUGCCUGGUCCAGCUAGGGUUAACCCAUUUUUUAAUAAACAUAGCAGUUUCAGAGAAACUGCUAUGUUUAUGAAUGGGUUAAGCCUUCCCCCUAAUCCUCUAGUGGCUGUCUCAUUGACAGCCACUAGAGGCGCUUGCGUGCUUCUCACUGUGAUUUUCACAGUGAGAGCACGCCCGUCCAUAAAAGCAUUGUAAAUGCUUUCCUAUGCGACGGCUGAAUGCGCGCGCAGCUCUUGCCGCGCGUGCGCAUUCAGCCCAGGAGGAGGAUCGGAGGAGGAGAGCUCUCCGCCCAGCGCUGGAAAAAGGUAAGUUUUUAACCCUUUCCCCCUUCCAGAGCCGGGCGGGAGGGGGACCCUGAGGGUGGGGGCACCCUCAGGGCACUAUAGUGGUCCUUUAAUACAUGCAGCAUUUCUAAUGACCAAGGUGUAGGAAUUGUUAAUAAUUAAUUUACUUGCAAUUCCGUUUGCAGGUGAGUUAUCUUUACUGCAUACAUUAAAUUCACUGCUCAGCAUAUUAGUGGACUGGAUAGACUGACUGAACACCAGAUAAAGUCACUGUUGUAGACCUUUUUUUGUUGAAGUGACACAUGUCAUGAUUCUGUAAAAAGCUAGAGGAAGGGAAAUGAAACAUUCUUUACUGACAGUCACAAGAAAAGGGGAUGUUUCAGACCAACCAAAUUUAUAGCGUCCACUCAUUUGUUCCAUAGUAAUAGUUUAAAAUAGAACAUUACACUUCCAAUUCUAUGCAUUAAUGGAUUACGUUCUUAAAAUUUGUCCCUUUUUAGUGCAAUACCUAAUAUAUUAAAAUAUCUUUCCAAAAAUUUAAAUUAAGAAUAAUGAUGGGGGGCGGGGCCAGGCCAUCAUGGUGGAUGGGUGCACAUGGUGUGUGCUCCUCACCUAAAGAUUUUAAACCCCUGUUUUGCGGUGGGAUAAUUCCCUUUAAGAUUGCUCAAAAGUGCACUUACCAAACCCUGCAAGCUAGGGCACUCACCUGAACAAGUUUUAAGCCUCACCACGGAGCCUGUGGCCUAGGACUGUUUUGCGGCCUACACGCCUGGUGGGAUCCACGGAGGCGAGAAACGGCUGAUCUCCCGGCCUGGACCUGCUGGCACCUGCAGUGUCAGUCCCUGAGCCCUGCUUCUCCCCCCCCCUUUGGACCGGUGGAGGAUAUCCCGUUGAAAUUCUCAGCCUAUAGUUUAAAAUGGCUGCCCCACCAAGGCCUACUGUGACACACGCCUACCCACAGCCACCCACCCAGGUGGCUACACUCCUUCAGGCGUUCGAUCUCCUGUGUGCACAAUUCUGGGCGAAACUCAGCAGCCGGGCACUCACCUGUACUCCUGUGGUUUGAGCUGAGGCACCCUGUGUCCGGUCUGCGGGUCAGCGCUGUGGCACUGAAUCUAUCCGGCGCAUUCCACACACAGCAUCGCAGAGGUGGAGACACAAACAGCGGGCGCACAAGCGCCGAAAACAAAGCAUCAAGAAGCGAGGGUCUGGAGGAACUCGGGCGUUACAGAGUUCCUGGACAAGGAGAAACUGCCACAAAGAGUGACAGCCUAAUCCUGGUCCCUCGUGCUGCCCGUGGAGAGAGAGGGCGUUCACUAUAGAGAGGCUCUGGGAGUGCCAAGGUCGAACCUUGCAGGAAUCUGGAGCUGGAGGGGUGCAUGGCUGUGGUGCGGAUAUGCAGACGAGCAUGGGGACUUUCCGGGCAACACCUUGCUAAUUCCACUCAGAGGAAUUGGUUGAUCCAGGCUUCAGGACUUUACCUGCAAUCUGUGGCCACCCACAUAGGCGGACUCCACCUUGUUUUCCACAGUAUGUCGUGCACAGAGCUAUUGUUGUUAUUGCUAUUAUUUUUGUUAGUCAUAGCUGAUAUUCUCUAAAGUAAUGCAGCAACGUAAACUUUUGUUUCUUCACCAGUGGUCUACUCACAGCGAGCAUAUUGUAUGAUAAAACCACAUAACAUGUUUCACUCUAUAUGUAGCUCAUAACCUUUCUGAAUCUUCAUGUUUACCUAUAUUCCACAUGUCUAGUUAGUUUUUUGAGUCUGGAUUUUUGCGUAACAGUUAGCCAUGUAUGACCAGCCUGAUACUCUUGUCUAAUAUAACUUUAAAAAUGUGCUAUGUUCUUAAAUGCCAUGUCGUCUGUUCCUGAAGUGCUUGCUAUUGUUGCCAUUGCAUGGCAAGCUUGUUUGUAAACCCCUGCACAGAAAAAAAUUAAGAAUUAAAAAAAAAAAUUGAUAAAAAAAUACAUUUUAAAGUGUCCAUUGCAGACAGAAUCGUCCCCACACCAGGAUGAGAUGGAUGGCCUACAACUCUGAGUAUUUCAAAUGCAAACGCUGGCCAGAGAAUCAUGGGAGAUGUCGUUUGCAGCGUCAGGGGGUGGUGGGCUGGAGUUUGAAAUUCCUACUCUAACAGUAAUGUCUUUCAGGUCUGGUCUUAUCUGGCUGAUUUUAUCCGCAUAAUCCUCUAUCGAGCAGAUCCCACAUAGGAUGAUUGGAACUGCUCAGUAAAAUAAGUCUUACUAUGGCUGCUAUCUGUUUAUACACAACACUGUUCACCGUUUAGUGAACUGAGCUGUAGAAUUCUUUCGGAAAUCCAGUUGACGACUAUUGCAUAAUGCACAUCUCUCAACGCUGUCUUACAACUAUAAUAAGAGCAUGAGUGUUAGGAUGCUGUCUUACCAUCGGGGUAUAAACCAUUUCCCAAUGCUUUAACUGGGAAAUGAAUCCUGUAGUGCCCGACACAACUGUCACAAUGGAUUCUCUAGUUCCCUUACUUUCUGCCACUGUAGUAUGAGAAACUUUAGCAGAGUGGCCAGUGAUGGGCUGAGUGCAUCAACCCAUUGAGAUAAGUGGUAUGUACUAUUUCUUUAAAUGGCAGGCCAGUAGUCGGCUGAGAGCAUUAGCAGGAAUGUAAGAUGGAGCAUGAUCCCUUCUGCUCCCAUAACAUUGAAUUAACUAAAAAUGUUUGGUGGGAGAAAGUGUUCCGUUAAUUCCCAUUUUGUUUUAUGUUAAGGAAUUUGGAUACGAUACCACUCAUGAUCUUUUUUUAAUUUUUUUUAAUUUUUUUAUUUUUGUGCAUCCUUGGAAGUGCUUGUAUGGUGUUUUUGUUUGUGGGGAAGUCACAGCUGAUUGUCGCAUAUAUUGAUAUAAGCCCCAAAUUCUCUGAACUGACUGAUGUACUCUGUAUAUCCAGUUCAAUAUAGUGGUUAUAGUGCCAGGAGUGCUUUCACAUUGUUAGUAGUCAAAUAGUUUUAGCAAAAAUUAAACACUUAUUGAUAGAGGGAGAAAAAACACAUCAACUAAUUAAAUCAAAUAGUGUUAAAUCAAUAGGGAUUCUACAUCCCACCUUGUGAGAAUAUCCUAUUAAGAAUGACUAAGUGUACAUCAUAAACUUUGAUUUUAAUACCUAUAAAGUGGUCUUAUUGAUAUGAAACAUUUCUCAUUUAUCACAAUAAAUAUAUAGAUUCUUAGUCAAUGUACUGCCCUCCUUCCCCUUUUAACCAAAAAAAUCAACUAGUAAACUGCAUUUUAAUCUAGCCAUUCCUGGGCUUUUUCCAAAUUGUCUAUUGUAACACAGCCAGUUUUUUGUUACAAUGUAGAGGCGAAAGGGGAAACCCCAAGCAUAUUUAAGCUUUAAAUACCGAAGGAGAUCAGUUAGAAAUUUUUAUUUUUUAUUUUGUCUUGUGUCAACUGAUCUUGAAACAAGGCUAUUUUCUCAUGUUUUGGGUCUUUUAAAUUAGAAUUCCUGAAACCCAUCAUAUUUUGUUUUGUUUUUUGUGUUAAUGGAAAAAUUGUAAAUCUAACAAUGACAUCUCGGGGAAUGUCUUCAGGGAGAUUUUUCUGUUUAAAUGUGCGAUUGGGCCCUCUAUACAAUCCAGCGUUUUGUUUUUCUUCCAACCCUAGAGCAGUAAAAAGAUUCCACAAAUAUUUUGUUUAUGUUGUUCAUUUUAUUUCCCUGAAAUUCCCCUGAUCGGAAGAUUCUUCCUUAUCGUUCAGUAUUCAGCCUCUGAUUUUAGUUUCAAUAACCAUAUUUUAAACUUCUAACUAUUUAUUUUAACCUUUGAUUCCUCCUGGUUAAAUUCAAUGGAUUCCUCCCUAUUAUGCAUAUUUUGUAUUAUUUCUUUUAUGCUGCUCAUUUCCUCCUUUAUUGAACCUGGAAGUAUUUUUUUAACUCUUGUUUUAAGUUGUAUCAGUUGUGCGUCCAUACUUUGUUGUAGUUUUGCUUGGGUUGUAAAAUAAUUGUGUCCAAGUGGCUGAGCUGAGUGAAGGGGGGUGGGUCUCUCUUCAUUAUAUUACUUGCAUCAUUAUUAAAGGAGAAUUGCAAAUACGCUGAGAUCCUUUUUUCCUCUUUUAUCUUCUUGAAUUUUUUUUCUAAUUGUGUUUAGAUUCUGGAUUCCUUUUAGAAGCCAUUUUACUUUUAUAUUUUAGUGAUCUUGUUUCUCAUCAAUCUAGUACUGCUUACCCUUUAAAAAAAAAAAAAAAAAAAAUAUUUCUUUAUUCCAAGACAGAAGAACAAAGAUAAUGCAAACAAAGGAAAUACACACACAUUGCGUACAAUCAAACAUUUGUACAAUCACAACUGCUUAUCCCUGUACCUCCUUUUUGUCCUUCUUCUGCAGUUUCUUUUAUGGAGACUAUUUUUUUCUCCUUUCUUAUUUUUGUAUCACUGCCUUUUAAUUAAAUUGCAAGCAACUUCACCAAGGAAGUAUACAGAACCAGAUAAGGUGGAGCAGCACAAAAUAUUAUAUAAUCUAUUACUGUAGUAAAGAUGCAUUUAUUCUAUAAAAUCCACAUUGUAGGAAAGAAAUACAUCCAAUGAUUAGCUACCAUCAGACUGCCGGAAAAGAUCACUUAUCCAGCACUAUUUCAUUAUCAAGCCCCUGUGUGCUACUGGAUUUAUACCCCUUGCCUCUGGUAAGAUUAAUAUACAGAUCUCCAGCUUUUUAAUACAGGGUGGCCUGUACGUCCCUACCUAUCCAUAUAUCUUAUGUAUCGUGUGUGUGUGUGUUUUUUUUUUUUUUUAUGUCUCCAUUUUUCAAAUGUUGCUAUCCAGCAGUGAUAAAUCUGCAAACAUUGUGGAGACUGUUAUAAGACACUGACAACCUCUCCUGACAGCUUAUUGUGUGCUCUGCGUGGGACACCUACCACCUGAUCGCACUACAUUUUCUAUCUGUUCGGAAGGAUUUUCGUGUAUACAAACUUGGAGUUCUUCAGUUUUAGUUCUUGCAUAAUAUGUCAGUGUGACAAAAUUAUUUAUAUACUGAGAUAGAAAUAUUUUGCCCAUCUGUCCCCUACUGGGAUUAUUUUUAUUAUCUUUCUUUCCUUCUUUUUUUUUUUUUUUUUUCAGGAAAAGUGAUGCCCUGAAAGUAUAUUCUGUUUGUGUGAGAACCCUUUAAGAAUAUUCUAUCAAUUCUGAAUUUAAAAAAAUCUGUUUCAUUAGUGAUUUAUCAAGUAUUUGUGUAUUCAUGCACUUUGUACACAUUUGUUAUUUAUACUUGAUGCUUUUGUUUAUAUUUAUUUGCUACGGUCUAUGUAUUCUUAUACAAUAAAUUAUUCUUCUGCUAUUGUAAUGUUUGACAGUAUUUUGUGAUGCUCUCCCCUUAUGUAGUUCUAUAUAUUUUCCUGACUAUUUUUCAGUUAGUCACCCUUUUUUUUUUUUUUUUUUAUAGAGGGGGGGGGGGGAGGGAGGGGGAUUGCACACAAUAGCAGCAUCUCUUGAACCAGUGUGAUGUGUGUUCCCGAUAUUUGCAUUUCUUAACUUUUUUUUUAUAUACGUUUUUCUACCCCGGUUGGUAUUUUUAUUUUUUUUAUCUCUGCUGAAGCAACUUCACCAUCAACUACUGUGGACAACUCGCAGCGUUUAUAAUUGCAGAGUGUGUCUUAAGAUAUUUUAUGUACUUUAUGUAUCUACAGAAUUUCACAAUCCACUUUUAUUAGAGGAUUAAAAGAUCCAAAAGUAUAGGCAGACGCAAUACUCAGGAGGAAAGUUAAUCAGUUUCAGAUCAAUAUAGCACGGUAGAUGCAGUAGUGGGUUUUCUCCCUUGACUUUAUCUCCAAAUUCUAGUCCUGUCAAGUGCACUCUCAGCGAUGUCCUGCUUCAAGGCCUCUGGGAAAGCCCACAAUCACUUUCCCGCAUAAAUCUGUGUGUAAGAAUCCUUGAAAAAUACUGAUUCUCUGUCUACUUUAAGAUCCAAGUCCCUUUUCAAUUGGAAGUAUGUCUUUGGCCAGGAACAUCUUAGCAGCCACGCUUGCUCACCAGAGCCUUGGAACCUUACGGAUGCUCCACCCACAGUGUUCUACGUCAUGUCUACCGUUUUAGAACAGUUUGACUUUUUACAUGGAGUCUGCCUGAUGUAAGCUAUGCAGUGCUUAGCUUAGAAAUCUAAUGGAAGCUACACACCAGAAUACUGCUUGGAGUGUCCCCUUUAAGGUCUUUUUCUGAACUUUGUUUAUUUUAUAACAUUUGUGCUGUUAAGUGCAUGUUGUUACUGAAGACACACAUUCAAUUCACUUGGAUUAAUGAAAUUCAUUUUGAUAGUCACGUGCUGCAUACCUAAUCUCUAUUAUAUGAUGAAUAACCAUAAAACUAUAAUGUGUCUGAAAUAGAGAACUAUCUUUACAGUGUGAUUUGCCUCCAAAGCCUUUUAUUCGCACCCGUUUGGCCAACUCACGCUUGCAGGACUUCUCGAGGGCGGCUCUCUUCCUUUGGAUAAGCCUGCCUACCGCCAUUAGACUCUCCCUUAGUCUUCAAUCAUUUAAGAAGUGCCUUAAAACCCAUCUCUUUUGUAAAGCUUAUGUCCUCCCAGAGUAACCUCUACCUCACAUACCUGUCUCUUGCUCUCUCCUAUAGGGCAACACUCUAAACUCUCCUCUAGCUCUGCCUCACUCCCACUUUAUUUGACUUCCAUUUCCUGCCCUAUUGUGUUUUACACCCCACCUCUUAUAGAUUAAGCUCGUUUGAGCAGGGUCCCCUUUAACCUAUCGUUCCUGUAAGAUUUCUUUUAAUUGUCCUAUUUAUAGUUCAAUCCACCCCUUAUAAUAUUUUAAAGCGCUAUGGAAUCUGUUGGCGCUAUAUAAAUGGCAAUAAUAAUUUUUAAAAAUUUCAUUUAUUUUGAAAAAAAUCGAUUUUUACCCACUGUGAUUUGCUGCAUUCAUAAAUAUUUUCAUAUGUGUAGAUGAUGCACUUUAAUAAUAUUGAUACACACAAAAAAUCCCAACCUUAUAGGGUUACUCCAAACACUAUAACCACUCUGGCCCAUUUCUGGGGUUUACAAUAGUCUGGGCACCAAGGCUCUUCUGGUGAUGUGCUUCGUCAAAGCUGAAAAAGCCAGGUGCUGAUCCAUCGCCAUUCAUUGCCUGAGAGUGUCAGCUGACUGCGCUCAGGCAGUGUAUGUAAUUCUAUGCUUACAUGCUGCGAUGAUGAUGAUGCUGGUGGUAGUUACACCUACCCGAAGAAAUGAGAUUAAAUUCAGUAUGUUCAGCAUUUCGUUGCAAAAUGCUGUACAUCUCGACUUCAGACCAUGAGCACUUCAAAUCACUGAUGGAUUACAAAUCCUUUUUAAACAUAUAGGGAAGAGAAUCGAAGGGUCACUCUAAGACAGGCGUCCCCAAAUUCUGGCCCUCCGGAUGUUGCUGAACUACAACUCCCAUGAUUCUAUGAAUGAAAUAGGCUGAGAAUCAUGGGAGUUGUAGUUCAGCAACAUCUGGAGGGCCGAAGUUUGGGGAAGCCUGCUCUAAGAUAACAAGAUGAUGGUUGAAUAUUGGGCAUUGAAGGGAAGAUAUUUUUUACUUUUUUUCCCUUCCCAUUGUCAUUCCUUUACAAGGGUGUGUGUGGAUUGAACAGGCAUGGUGGAACGGAAGUGGACAAGUUAAAACAAAGCACAUUGGCAAAAUUGCUGUGUAAUGUAUGCAUGAUUUAAAUAUAUCUGUAUAGUUGUGAUGGUUAUCCUUUGGCAUAGCAGUUGUUUCCACCAGAACAACUGCCUGAAUUUCCUUAAUCAGCUAUUGUGCCACAGAUUGGCCAUCAUUAGUACAUAAUAAUAAUUUUGUGUGUUUGUGAUCGUUCAUUAAUACCAUAGUGCUUAGUACUUACUGGUGUAGAUGGGCAAAAUCUAACACACUUUCAGGAACUUGGCACUGUAAUUUUCCUGAGACAGUGAUAACUGAAAAUUGACUUGAAACCUUAAUUGUAAAAUUGCUCUGAAUUAUUAUUUUUUUUUCAAAUCUACAAUUUUUGCCUGAAUUUCCCAAAUGGAGUUUUAAAUUUAGACUGUAACCUCUUUUGAGCAGGACCAUCACCACAUUAUGUUCCUGUACAUACAACUUUUCUAGUUAGAGGGUUACUCCGAGCAUCAUGACCAGGUCAGGAAUUAAACGUGGCCAUAGUGUCUGGAGUAGGUAUGUGCAGCUUUUCGCUUUGAAAUACAGCCUGUAAGGAGUUUAACGUCUCUGCUGUAAUGGUGUAACUCCACCACUAGCAAUGUCUUUAGACAUUUUGGGACUACCUCUAGGCUGGCUAAUAUGAAUUCUGUGCAUAUUUCUAUGCCCAGAUGCUUGUUCAUUAGCUGAGAAUGGUCAGCUAAAAUUCUCAGCAAAUCAAUGAGCGGCAGCAUUGCAGCUCUGCGGAAGCCGGAUGUUGUAAACCUAACCUCAGAGCAGACCUGGAGCUCUGCAGGGACAUAAGUAAGAGAGAAAACUGUUGCUGAAUUAUUUCCCAGUUACCGGGAAACGGGGCUACAGUACUUCUCUCAUCAUAACCACUACAUGUGGUUGUAGUGGUUAUGAUGGUUGAACCAAGCCUUUAAACUGCUUUUAUUUGUUUGCCUGCUUAAUGUACAGAACUAUGUAGGAGCUCUAUAAUUGGCAAUACAAUUAUUAAACUUUUUACAUCACAUUUUAUGAGAGAAUAUGUGUAAAAUGCUUACUUGCCCACAGGUUGAUAUUUUCAAUGGGGAUUUAAGAUAAAUGCAGCUCACUUUCUGGUCACUUUUAUCCUGCGUUCUCCUAUCAUUUUUACAUACACAGCUGUUACCGUGUUUUUUCUUGGUUGCUGGGUAACUGCUGUGCAUGCAAAUAUCACAGACAUGCUGGGAACAGUGAGCUGGGGGAAGAAUAAAGCUGCAGAUCAAGUAAAACUGGGAUCUGCAUACAAAUAUAUAUACUAGACGUGUGUGGUUUUGACUGAAUUCCAAUUUGUUCUAAUUUUGGGCAAUCAUCAAUAUCACAAAACAAUCGAAACGGCCAGUAGAUGAGCUGUUUUUUGUUUUUCAUGAUUGAGUUCUGUCCAUAGAACCCGAAGAAGAGGAGAGGUGGGCAGGUGAACAUCUAAGUUUCAAAAUGCCACUCAAGUGAUCAAAAUGCCAUUGGGUCUCCCCAUCAUUAGAUCCAGUGAGAGAAUCUAGUUGAAGUGUUCUCUGUGGAUUUAAAGGGCUGUAUGCAGCGCUGACUUUCAGCACUGCAUGCAGCUCAUCAAGAAGUCUGGGCCCACUAAAAAUGGCCACAGCUGACAGAGGGGAGCCCCAGUUAUCUGUUGAUACAUGUGUUUCCUGGUGUGUAAGCAGGGUUUUAACACUAUAUUGCCAUCUGUUGAUGAGAUUGACAUCCUCAUUAAAAGAGCUGCAUGCCUGUCUCAUGUUGAGCUCUGCAUGCAGUUCAUUUGUUAGAUUGGAGCCACUAAACGUAGCCCAGCUGACAGAGGGGAGCCCCAGGUGUGUUUUCUGGUGUGAGCAGACAUUUAACCCUUUGUAACACUGAGGAUUUAAAUCCCUAUUUAAGUCCCUAAUUGCAGCGCUCACUUUGAGCUCUGCAAACAGAGCAUAGGUCUGUCUGGGGCCACUGCUAAGUUCUCUGACAUUUAGGAGUUAAAGGAACUGUAUAGGUAAAAAAAAAUGCAUAUCCUUUUUUUUUUCUCCAACAGUAAACCUAGUGUCACUGAAUGCUUUUCCCUCCCAAAUAGUGUAAAAUGAGCUUUAGAAGUACCUAUUUUAAUCUAUACUAUGAUCAGAUUCUCUGCUCUUCCUCUGAUUGCAUGGCAUGUCUCCCUGCUUUCUGUACUUCAGCCAGACUCCAUUUUUUAUGAUAAUCAGUAAUGUCAACCGUUACUGGGUGUGCCUGAGUUUCACUCAGCUCAACACUUGCCCUCAAUGCCUCGGCUCAAGUCUCCUCGGAGUCCUCAGCAUUCAGACACUAGAACUUACAAACCACAUCAUACACACAGAAUCAUUUCCUCACCACAUUAGGUAUCUUAUAGUGUCAUAUGUGUAUUAGAAAUAAAUAUAAAGAGACACACUCAUACCUAUAGAGCUUUAUGUUAUCUCUCUCUGUCUUAGAAAGUUGAUUAACAGGGGUUGGAGGGGAAGGGGUUAACAUUGGGUAGUGAGGUUGGCUGGCAGGGAAGGGGUUAACAUUGGGUAGUGAGGUUGGCUGGCAGGGAAGGGGCUAACACUGGGUAGGGAGGCUGGCUGACAGGGACUAGAGGAGAAUGUAUUACUUGCAUUACAAGGAGGAAGGGAGAGGAGCACAUAUGGGCUCUAGUUGCAGUGCUGUGAGCAUUCUUUGCACUAGAUAAGACAUACCUCUAUUUUCAUUGGGUGCAAAAGGUACAUUUCUUUCAGAGAGUGGGAAUCUGGAACAUGUUGAAAUUUGAGAGGGAGGUGGCUAAGGAGGCUGUGUUACACUGCUUAAAUCAGCAAAACAGUUUACAGCACUGCAGAAAAACUACACAGAAUUGAAUGAAAAGAAACUAGCCACAGGUAAUUUGAGCCUAUUAUCUUCAAUUUAACCUUACCUUAUUUUGCUGCCUAUUGUGUCCCUUAAGGACCAAACUUCUGGAAUAAAAGGGAAUCAUGACAUGUCACACAGAGGUUAAAUAACUUUAUUACAACCAUAGUCACACCUCCCUGCAUGUGUGCAUGUGACUAACACAGCCUUCCUAAAUACUUCCUGUAAAUAGAGCUUUAUUGUAAACUCUGCUUAACCCCUUAAGACCGGAGGGCGUACUAUUACGCCCUAUUUUAGGCGUCUCUAAACGCCGCCGGGCGUAAUAGUACGCCCUGCGGUCUUUCAUUACUUACUCCCAGGGAGCCCCCCGCGGCAUGUCCGACCCCCUGGAAGCCCCCCCGGCCAUGUGAGAGUGAGGUCCUUGCGAGGACCUCACAAUCACAUGGCCGGGAUAGCUGGCUUCUGUAUUGCCAGCAGGGGGGCUGCCUGUAAUGGCAGGUGGUCCCCCUACUGGCUGAAAAUAAAAUCAAAUAAAUGUUAAAAGUGUAAAAAAAUAUAUAUAUACACACACAUACAUAUAUAUAUAUAUACAUAUAUAUAUAUAUAUAUAUAUAUAUAUAUAUAUAUAUAUAUAUAUAUAUAUAUAUAUAUAUAUAUAUAUAUAUACGUACACUGUAUAGGUGUAUUUUACUAUUUAAAAAAAAAAAAUAUAUAUAUAUAUAUAUAUAUAUAUAUAUAAAAAUAUCAAAUUACACGUAGACUGAUACUGAUUAAAUAUAUAUAAUUAUUGUUAUAUAUAUUUAUAUAUAUAAUAUAAAAAAAUUAAAUAUGUAAAUACGUUAAAAAAUAAUUCAAAAAUAUAUAGAUGUUAUUUCGUUCUAACUGUAUUGUGAUAUUAAUAUAUAUAUAUUUAUAUCAAAAUACAUGUAGAACGAAAUAAUAUAUAUAUCUAUAUACAUAAAUAUAUACGUAUAUAUCACUAUAUAUAAAUCAAAAUAUUUUAAAAAAUGAUAUAUAUAUAUACAUAUUCACAUAUAUAUAUAUUAAUUCUACAUAUAUAUUUAUGUAAUAAUUUUACAUAAUUGGGUAUCUUAAUUAAUUACAAUUAGCAGGACCUGGCUGACAACCCAUGCCGAAAGUAAAGGGAAUUUAAUUUGCUAGCACUAUAUUUAACCCUAUAACUUUCCAAGACACCAUAAAACCUGUACAUGGGGGGUACUGUUCUACGGGGGAUUUCGCUGAACACAAAUAUUAGUGUUUCAAAACAGUAAAAUGUUUUACAACUAUGAUAUCGCCAGUAAAAGUGACGUUUUUUGCAUUUUUCAUGCACAAACAGCACUUACACGGACGAUAUUAUUCCUGCGAUACUUUUUACUGUUUUGAAACACAAAUAUUUGUGUUCAGCGAAGUCUCCCGAGUACAACAGUACCCCUCAUGUACAGGUUUUAUGGUGUUUUCAAAAGUUACAGCGUCAAAUAUAAGGCUUGUGUUUCAUUUUUUCACAUUAAAAUUGCCAGGUAAGUGCGUUGCCUUUGAGACCCAAGAAUGAAAAUUACCCCUAUGAUGGCAUACCAUUUGCGUAGUAACCCAAGGUAUUGCAAGCGGGGUAUGUCCAGUCUUUUUUAGUAGCCACUUAGUCACAAACACUGGCCAAAAUUGGCGUUUUUGCAUUUUUCACACACAAAUACUAACGCUAACUUUGGCCAGUGUUUGUGACCAAAUGGCUACUAAAAAAGACUGGACAUACCAUUUGCAAUACCUUGGGUUGUCUACUAUUGCAAAUGGUAUGCCAUUAUGGGUGUAAAUUUCAUUCCUGGCUACUAUAAAGUCCCAAAGGCAACGUAACCAAUCUGGCGAAUUUCAAUUUCAAAUGUAACGUGCUAUAUUUGACCCUGUAACUUCCCAAAAUGCUAUAAAACCUGUACAUAGGGGGUACUGUUUUACACGUGAGACAUCUCUGAAUACAAAAAUGUAUCUUUUAUUGCAGUAUCUUUUUAUUUUAAGUGGUUAAAAUACUUUCUCCGGAAAUAGAUACUUUAAACACCCAUAAAGCAAAUUAGCACCCUUAAGUGUUUCAGGGGUCUGGAUUGUCUCAUUUAUGGAAACGCGUUCAUUCUCUUUGGCAACAUAAAUCAGUAGGAGGGAUCAAAGGAGAGAAAAUAAGUUGGUUUUCUUGAAAUUUCAUUUUUUCAUUGUUUUGUUGUGGUGGUGGAGUGGGUGGUUGCCUGUUCUCAUGUACUGACAAAAGAGGUUCCUUAUAGUUCAUGUGUUCUUAAUAUAUCCAGACCUUGUAGUUUCAUGUGUAACAAAUUACAAAUUUAGUUUAUCUACUGAAAAAGCUAUACUUUUUUUAUUUCAAGCCCAAUAUUUUUUUAUACACACUGCAUUUUAUGCUCCCACUGUAUCAACAUUACUUUUAGUUUUAUAAGAGUGUUUUUUCACUGAACAUUUUCAUGUCGCUUUAAAGGACAACUAUAGUGCCCUGAGGGUGCCCCCACCCUCAGGGACCCCCUCCCGCCAGGCUCUAUGGGGAGGAAGGGGUUAAACUUACCUCUUUCUCCAGCGCCGGGCGGGGAGCUCUCCUACUCAUCUCCGCCUCCUAUGCUCCUCUUCGGCUGAAUGCGCAUGCGCGGCAGGAGCUGCGAGCGCAUUCAGCCAGUCUCAUAAGAAAGCAUUCAUAAUGCUUUACUAUGGACCCUGGCGUCUUCUGACUGUGAUUUUCACAGCGAGAAGCACGCAAACGCCUCUAGCGGCUGUCAGUGAGACAGCCAUUAGAGGCUGGAUUAACCUAUUUAUAAACAUGGCAGUUUCUCUGUGCAUACAGCUUGAUCCUCAUCCCCUCCCAUACCUGGCUGCUCUUUGCACAGUUUGCUCUUGGCUAAUAGGCAUUCAGCUCUUCUCUAUCACCAGCAUUUGAUGGCUAUCCAGUCAAAUGGUUCUCUGUGAGAAAUAUUUGAUUGGACAGUUUCCAGGUUGGAAAAAGGAAGUCAGAUCUGCAGCUAAUACAGCUUAUAAAAAAAAACCUUUUUGUUCAUAUGAAUAGAUUUUCUACUGGCCAGUUGCUAGAGGGAAAGUGGACAUAUCUGAGUACUGUUACUCUUUUCUAGAGAGUAUUGCAAUGGUUUGAGUAGGAUGCCCAAUUGAACUUAAUUUAGAGGAAAGAUGUUCUUUAAAGGGAUUCUCUAGUGCCAGGAAAACAAACCCGUUUUCUUGGCACUAGAGAAUCCUGGCGUGCCCCCCUCCUAUGUCGCUGAAGGGGUUAAAACCCCUUCAGACCCGUAAAUCCACCGCUGAUUUCCCUCUGCACUGGUGACCUCUCCUUCCCCUCCAACGUCAGCUCCCGAGUGGAGCUACAUGCGCGGUCAGAGCCACGCACGUAUUCAAACCAUCCAUAGAAAAGCUUUACUCAAUGCUUUCCUAUGAACGUUCUGCGUGCUCAAUGCGACUUUCGCAUUGAGCGUCGCGGAAGCACCUCUAGCGGCUGUCAGGAAGACCUCCACUAGAUGCUGGAUUAACCCUGCUAUGUUUACAGCUGCAGGGUUAAAACCUGGGGGAUCUGGUACCCAGACAGCUUCAUUGAGCUGAAGUGGUAUGGGUGACUAUAGUGGUCCUUUAAAGAAAAGUUAUAGUGCAGUUUUGAACGUAGGGAUGCCUAGUCGACCUUUCUGAAAAUCAACAAUGUGAAAACAGAGUUCUGGAGAAGAUGAUCACCCCAAUCCUCACUGAGUUCCUUUAGACAAUUGGACUCCCUGGACUGUAUCUAAAGCAGGGGUACCCAAAAGGUAGAUACCCAUAAGUUGUAGUACUACAAGUCCUAUGAUGCUUAACAAGCCUUUAGAAUGAUAAAGCAUCAAGGAAGUUGUAGUUUUAAAACAUCUGGGGAUCUACCCUUUGGACACCCCUGAUCUAAAGCAUUUUUUUUACAUCAUACAUAAAUCGUAGUCCACUGCACCUUCUGCCUCUGGGGAAAAAACAAAUACUUAGGUAUUUAAUAACUAAUAUUAGGACUCUUUGUUUUCACAGAUACACUGCUCCUAUUACAUGAUUGUCUAUUAUUCUGUAUCCACAUCAUUACAGUGUACUAAGAAGUGAAUUGAGCAAUUGUUAUUGUAUAAACAUUACAUGCUGCACCCCAAAUAUUCAAUUUGUACUCAUAAUAUUUAUAUUUUUUCUGUAGAAUUUCAUAAACAUUAGAGUGACAAAAAAAGGUAAGUUUUAAGAAACUUCUAUUGGAGGUAUUCUUUUACUGGGGGUAUUGGACACUUAAUAUAUUCUGGCACUUUAUUCUAAUAGUAUGAAUAAAGCCUAAAUCUUGGUGAGGUGAGUUCGGUGCUAAGCUAUUUGACCACUUCUCUGAUGUUUGUUACUGUGGCUCGGUGGGUUCAGUGAGCUGUGCAACAUUGUGGCGAUGGAUGUUACAGCCAUUAGGGAUGGAUGAUUUAUCAAAAUAUGAUAUAGGGUGAAGAGGUUUGCAAAUGGUGUAAUCACCUGUGUAAUGUACAUUGGGGUUGUAUUAUUUUCAUGUUGACUUUCCACACAAUUUAAACUUUGAAUCACUUUUCAGAUUUUAACACUGAUUCCCAUUUGUUUAAAAAAUCUUUGAGGACAGGAGAUUCUGAGUGCUCUACCUGUCUGAGAGUAGUUCCUGGUUAAAUCAUGAUUAAUUAGGCAAAUUUUUCUCUUGGGAUUGGUCAAGCCAUAUGCUAAUGGUAGCUUAUGUCGGCACCAUAGAUGUUUGUGAGCUAUAUGUCCCUUGAUGUUUACUCCGCUUUGUCUGGCUGAACUUGUGGGAAAUGCAUUUCUCAAGCAUUGGUUGCAUAGUAAGUAAUAACUGCCCUGGACAGUGUUUUGAAUGGUCAUAGUCCCAAGUCACAAACGCUGAUGACCUGUAUAAAUCAGUGUUACAGAGUGGUAUUGGGCUUGGUUACUCCUAGUUUGGUUACUAUUUUUGUUAGGUAUGCUUGCUGUAUAAGUGUCCCUUUUUUAAUGAAGUGCUACUGGAGGAUUCUCUGAUUUCCCUAUAUUCUGUUUAGUACAAUGAAUGAAAUAAGGAAUUCUAUUCUGUAUAUGGCAUUAGUCCUUUCAUGCACAGAUUCCUCAUGAAUGCACUUCUGAGUCUGACACUGAAAUUUGCUAUAUCAUUACAGAACACUACACAGUGUUUAAUGCUGGAGUACCCGGUAUUAUUUCAUGCUGAGCUGUGUGAGUGGGUAAUCACUGGCUCAGCCAAUUAGACUAAUUUUCUCUGGCAGGGAUAUUCUAAAACUAGCUGUAUAUGAAGUGCAUGAGUAAAUAGUGUAAAACAUUAAUGGCUGUAUACAGCACAGUCCGUAUGCAUUUUCACGGUAGGAAUCAUCAGAUGCUGGGUGUCUAUCCUAAUAAGUUUGUCAAGUCUGUUUUGCAGUCAUGAGUGCUUAUCAGUUUGGUUGAACACUAAAUAUAGUGCUCUGCUAUUAGGAAUUCACACUUCUGUUACCAUCUUGGACACAUCACUAGUAAAAGUGUAAUGUUUAAAGUGGUGGCUAUACAAGCCAAAACCUCAACUAUGCCUCAUCCAUGUUUUAUUGCUUGGGUAGUGUCUUCCCUAUUAUGUUUACAUAUUUACUUUAGCCAAGUUUUCUGUCACUUUUAUAAAGGUUGAUUUUCAUCUGAUCUGUCCAUACAUAGUUGUUUUUUGUUUUUAUUUAAUUGCUUUUCAGAUGUCUUCAGUUCGGCUAUUCUAUAGUUGAGGCAUUGUUUUGUUGUGUGCAGCUUGUGAUAAACUCUUUCAGUGCAGUCUGUCCAUUGUCUACAAGUAUUUAUUUAUUUUUAUUUUUUAAAUUUUUUUUAUUAUGAACCAUUCAUUUGUGCAAUAUCAUUGAAUAAAUGGAAUAAUUAAGCUUAGUGGGCAGUCUAGGUGGGCCAAGAUUAUCAUCAGUCACUGUCUUCUUAUCUGUAGUAUUUCAAAGUUGGGAAAAGGGGGCUGAUAAUAAAAGGACACUAUCUCUUAGCUCACACUUAUCUUUCCUUAGCUGAGCUGAGUAUGUACGCAGAGUCUGUUUGAUAAGUUAGUUGCGUGGUGAAAUGUUUGAACUAUGGGGAAGUGGGGCAUUACAUUUGGAAAGCUGCAAAAAAAAAAAAAAUUGAAUUUGAAUGUGGAGAAAAUGUGUUACACCCCUCCCAAUGUAACUAGUCAAACUGUUUGCUUCAGUUUUUACCUGGGGUCUGCUGGGACUUAGUCCCUGCCUCUCUGCAACUUGAGGUUCUUAGUCCAAGUUAAGCUUGACAGUGCAGGGUUUAGCUCAUUGAUUGAGAGCGAUCAGCUGACACCUCAACCAAUCAGCUGACCCUGCACUGCAUGGCUUAUUUCGGGAUAAUCGCUGCAUGGCUUAUUUCGGGAUAACAAAAACUCCUCAUAGGAGGAGCUUCCGGGUAUUAAUACAGGAAGAGGAGAGGCAGGGAUCAGUACCUGACGGACCGCAGGUUAGUCAGAGAGCUUCCGGCUCUCCUUUGUUGGUAAAGGAGCAGCGCCCUGAGAACCCCAGGUAAGAAGUCAAACUGUUGUAAGUGGUUGUGAUGUAAGGGCACUCCUUACACCAUAACCACUAUGGUAAGCUGUAGUGGUUUUGGUGCUUGGAGUGUUCCUUUAAUGUAGUGGUCUUGGUACCGAGAUGCUGUCCUUUCACUCUGACAAGUGUAAGCAUUGCUAUUUCUGACUAAUUAAAGUUUUAAAUUUGUUAGUCAGUGUGCUUCAGGUGACCGUCAGUCAGAGAACCACUAAAUGCACUUCCUAGUGAAUAAUGAAAUAAUGUAAAGGCUUCACGUUUUGUUUCAUUCUGUAGUUACACUUCCCUGUAGAGAAGAGUGUUUCUCUGUGAGGUGAAUCUCAUUGGCACAGCAUUUGCCACGUGUGCAAAUCUCUCUCUACUAAAAGGAUUUGAAUUAUUUCUUUACAGAAAAGUGCAAGGGCACUCUGGGCACCAUAAACACUUCUGUGGUGGUUCUUCUCUCAGUGACUGACUCAUUAGAGGUAGUCUGCUGUGUAUGAUCAGAGUGGGCCCAAAAGACCACAGCGAACAAACAAAAAGGUAACCUAGCUAAAUGCAGGUGUUGCGGGAUCUUUCAGACUGUGCUAUAAAAAGUUAAAAGUGCAGCAAUCUUGUGACUAGAACUGUGCAAAAGGUUUCUGCACUGUCUCACAGGAAUGUUUGCAAAGCCUAUUAACCUCUUUCUGUCCAUGCAGAGUUGAGGAUGUGUGUGUUGAUUGUAUAUAUUUAAUCACAUGGAAGUGUUCCAUGUUUUUUUUUUCUCUAUUCCCUUUGGUUGCAUCAUCUUUUUGUGUUCAUUAUUUUGCAUUUGGGUUGCUAUUGGAGACGUGAGUUAACAUUCACAGACGAUAGCAAACAUUUUCACAGUGCUCAGUUGCAGCUUGAUUUUCUUAUGUGUGAAUUACAAACAGUCUAAUGCAGCAUUUCCCAAACCAGUCCUCAAGACCCAGGUUUUGUUAGGAUCUUCAUUGGAAUAAAACGGCGUAAUACAUAAAUCCUGGACUGUUGGUGGGCCAUGAGGACUGGUUUGGGAACCACUGGUCUAAUGUAUGAUUCUGCAUUUACCUUUAAGAUUAUAAGUUUGUGUUUUUCUCCCUUGCCCUUUUGGAGACAUGAUCGCUCUCUAGUGGAAAAACUAUAACGCCAGAUGGAGCUAUACAAGUGAUAUGCAAAGUGGUAUUAAUACCUCUUUCCCUUUGCCACCUUGUAUUCAGCUGCUGACUUACAUGAAAUAAAAAUGCCAAAUUAUCUUCCAGUGCAAAUACAGCAAAUUACUAUUGUGUAUCACCUGCAUUACUCAAGUUGUACCUAAAGGGGUAGUUCUUGGACAAAGUUACUUGGGAAAUCAUGUUUCCACAUCUAUCCCAGAGUUCCCAGUUUAACAUGCAAAUGACAGACAGGCAUCGUGCAUACAGACUUUCUGCAGAUACCCUUACAAAUGGAAUAUAUAUAUAUAUAUAUAUAUACACAAAUACACACACAUAUAUUGUUGAAAUUACAUUGAAUGUGGUUGAAAGACUGGUUUGGUUUGGCACUGAUGAUCCAUAUGUCUCUGUCUCUCUCUCUCUUUAGUACUGGCAUAAAGCAUGCUUCCACUGCGAGACCUGCAAAAUGACUCUGAACAUGAAGAACUACAAGGGAUAUGACAAGAAGCCGUACUGCAGCGCGUAAGUAACGGUUAUUAAUUUGCUUCCAGCUUGGCAUACAUAUUGAGCACACUUGUGCUGUUGCACAACCACAGACAGUGGGGGCAUUGACUGUGAGAGAUGGGAGCAUUUAUUAAAAUAACAGGACCACUCACUGGAACAAGCAUAUGUUAACAAGAUGCUUUAGAAGUUAUCAAAAUUUUAUAUAUAAGGGUAUUAAAUCCCUCCAUAUUAAAUGUUAUAGGUCUCCUAAUAUAUGACAAUAUAUCAACUGGCUUAAUGCCUCCCCUGAUGUCACUAUUUGCCAUUAGAAAAAAAGAAUUAUGAGAGGGAACGUAGAUUACUAAAGAGAAAGGGUAUCCUUUCUUAAAAAAAAAAGUUAAAUAAACAAAAAUACAAAACUCUCUUGUCUCUAAACCUCCUUGCCACAUUUCUUAUCCCUCUGGUAUUGUAGGAUUAGCAAGAAAACAUCAUAGGUAUGCUGAUUGUUCAUUGUGGGAGAAUGGAAAGGAAGGGGUAAUUUGCAGGCAGAUUCUUAUCAUUCCACAGACAUGACACAACCCUUUCUCCUCCUCAUGUCAUAGGACACUGUCCUAAACAGGAGGGGUUCCUCUUGGACAUAGUCAAACUGCAGUUCUUGAAAACAGGACCUGCAAAAUAUUAAUGAUGAUUUAGAGGCCUUCAAGUAUAAUUUCUUUGAUUCACGGCCAAUGCCUACUGUCCUAUCUCACACUGUUUGGGUUAGACUUUUAAAUGACAUUUAUUUUUUUUGUGAUGUAUUCCUUACUGUCCUAAUUCUUUUUUUAUUUUUUUCACCUUCCCUGCUUGUUGCCUCGCUCUGUAUUAUCACCAUAAUACACUUUUCAGCUAUUUUCUUAUCUUGCGGAGUGUUUCCUUCUACAUAUUCUCAUAUUCUCCAUCAAUAUUACUAUCUAUUUAGCUGUCCAUAUCUACCUGUAUAACAUUCUUUCUCUCAAAAUAGAUUUCCCUGCACCUUCCCUCUUGUCACUGUCUGCCCAAGCAUGUAUAUUUUUGAUCAAAUGAUUCUUUGUCUCCUUUUGCUCCCUUUAUUUCUCCUCUUUCUUUUCAUGAUUGUUUGCACGUCCUUCAGUUACUCCUGUCUAGCUUGUUUAUUUUGCAGUCUGCGUUCUGUUUUUGGCAUCAUAAAGGUUGUCUUUACCUUGCAUCCCUGCCUUCUGCUCAAAGCUCUUUCUCUUUUUACCUGCCUGUCUCUGAUACAGGAUGUACAUUUUUUGUGGGUUGUGUGUGCUGCACUGACUAAGCAUAGGUUGUCAUAUUGUCUAUAAAUAGUCAUACAAGUUUUGGAGAGGAUAUGCUUGUGGUUAGGCAUGAACAACCCCUUUGCUGAAGGUAUUCAUGAGCGGUCACCUUUUUGUAGGCCAAGUCACUUCCUGUCACCCUGUGGACAUAACAUAAAUAGGAGCAUUGUGUGGUCACUUAACACAACCUCCCACUGAGUUACCGGUAAUUUCUGUUUUACUAAGUUGUGGAUAGAAAUGUAACUGCUGAUGGAGGAAAUGCAUGCAGGCUUGCAGUUGAGGGCUGCUGACUUGUUACAUUUCAAUUAUUUAUUUGCACCAGUUUGUUAAUCAAUGUGUGGGUUUUUUUUAUGUUUUUUUUCUGUGCCACAUAGUGAAACCUUUAUUGAAACUUGUUCCAAAAUGGUCUGGUGAUUUUCAGGGUAAUUCACUAAAACUCUGCAUUUUCCUAAAUUAAAUCUGAAUUUUAAAAAAAGUUGAGGCUGAGGCAUAGCUGAAAUUUUUUCCCUGAUCAGCUAUUUUUACCUCUGUUUUACAUUCAGAUUUAAUACACAAAAUGGAGUUUAGUAAAAAAACACUUAAACUCACCAGAUGAUUUUAAUUAUAUGAGAUGCCGGUGGUUGUAGUGGCUGUAGUAGUGAUCAGUUUUGGGAUAUGUUUGCUUUCUGUGUGAGUAAUGUUUGACUGGCUUUUUGAGGUGUGUAUAUGCAUGUGAGUUCUGGACUUUUGGUAGCAGCACUUUUUUUAAGGUAUUAAGGAUAACAGCAUUUUAAGGUUUAAAGGAACACUAUAGGGUCUGGAACACAAACAUGUAUUCCUGACUAUAUAGUGCUUAAACCACUAUCUGGCUCCCCUUACCCUGUAAAUAUAGCAAAAUCUUACUUUUAUGGCAGUCUUACUUUUAUGGCCCUGCCCCUGAUCUGCCUGCUUGGCUAACAUCAUCAGAAGUGUUAAACAAAAGCCAAUCACAAUGCUUUCCCAUAGGAUUGGCUGAGGCUGUCAAGGAGGCAGAUCAGGGGCAGAGCCAACACAAGCCAUAUACAGCCCUGGCCAAUCAGCAUCUCCUCCUUGAAUCAAUGCAUUUCUAUGAGGAAAGUUAAGUGUCUCCAUGCAGAAGUAUCCCAAGACUGUAAUGUAAACACUGCCUUUUCUCUGAAAAAACAGUGUUUACUGCAAAAGCCUGAAGGGUGAUUAUACCCACCAGAUCAAAUACAAUAAGCUGUAGACAUGCUGGUGGCUAUAGUGUACUUUAAGCAUAAAAAGCUAUGUUUAACCACUUCAUGAUGUUAGGGCGUGUUGUUAAUGGGCUUUCGUGCCGGUAGGACCUAUUAACACAUACAAACGUUUUGGUGCAUACUAAGGUUAAAUCCCUACUCACACCAGGGUGUCCUCGGUAUGAGUCUAAUACCUGGAACUUCCCACUAGUGGCCUUAGAGUUACAGAUUAGCUGUAUGAGGCACUCAAAGUUAAAUGGUCAUUUAAAUCCCCAUUGACAACAAUUUGAUAUGUAGACCAAAGUAUCAGUAACUACUAGAGGGUGCUCCCCUCUGUCUGCUGGGGCUAUUUUUAAUGGCCCGAGACUGACAGUUGCACUUUAACCAUUGCUCAAAAUGAGCACUGCUGCAGCCAUUUUUAACUGCUGUCCUGCAGUUUGGUGUGAGCAGGGAUUUAUUACUUAAGAGUUAUUACUCUGCUUUAGUGCUGUUAGGACGUAUUAACACAUCCUAACGUUUUGGUGCGAGCAAUGUUACAUUUUGUACUCUGUGGCCAAGGCUCUCUGAUAAGGUGUAUGUAGUGCUCAAAAAGCAUAUAGGAGAUUAUAAAAAAGACCUUUAUGUCCAAAAAGCAAUAUCUAACAUGUAUAAGGGCACUUAAAGAGGAAACAUUAUCUAUUUAUGGUGGAAAAGACAAAUUCUAGGUUUUAUUUUAGUUCAGAACUUACAGAAAUACGAUUGCCUCUGUCCUAAAGGGUUACUCCAACCCUUAUGCAAACAAUAUUUUUGAAAUUUCAAAUGCUCUACUCUUAAGUGUCGUUCCCCCUGUCCCCAUAAUACAUGUAAAAAAGUUUUUUUUUUUACUUACUUGCAAUCAAUCGUUGGGUAAAACUGAUCUUCCACACUUCUUCCUGAUAUCAGCUAAGAUCAAUCACAAGCAUGCACGCCAUCUGAGCUGGGGAAGGAGCAGGUACGGGAGUAAGAUUUUAAUUACAAUAAUUAAAAAAAACUGUAAGUUACAGAGGGAGUCGAGAGGGAGCGCCUAUAGGGUGGAGAGGAGGAAGGAGAGCUAUCUUCCCUUUUGCAGACAGUGCUCUGAUGUCAGACAUAAAAUGUGCACAUAAUUGACAUUAUGCAGCCCUGAACAGUUCUGGGCUGCCUAUGUCACGUGUGCGGGUGUGCAACUAGCACACAGUUAAAAUCUGCAUGUUGAGUUUUCAAGCAGAAAAACUGCAAAUCCAGAUUCGUAUCACCAUGACCACAUCAGAUCAAUAAGUAAUCCUUUAAAGGACCACUUUAGGCACCCAGACCACUUCAGCUUAAUGAAGUGGUCUGGGUGCCUGGUCCAGCUAGGGUUAACCCUUUUUUUUUUUUUUAAACCUAGCAGUUUCAGAGAAACUGCUAUGUUUUAUAAAUAGGUUAAUCCAGCCUCUAAAGCCUCUAGUGGCUGUCUCAUUGACAGCCGCUAGAGGCGUUUGCGUGCUUCUCACUGUGAAAAUCACAGUGAGUAGACACCAGCGUCCAUAGGAAAGCAUUGUGAAUGCUUUCCUAUGAGACUGGCUGAAUGCGCGCGCAGCUCCUGCCGUUCAUGCGCAUUCAGCCGAAGAGGAGCAUAGGAGGCGGAGAGGAGUAGGAGAGCUCCCCGCCCGGCGCUGGAGAAAGAGGUAUGUUUAACCCCUUCCUCUCCCCAGAGCCCGGCGGGAGGGGGUCCCUGAGGGUGGGGGCACCCUCAGGGCACUAUAGUGCCAGGAAAACGAGUAUGUUUUCCUGGCACUAUAGUGGUCCUUUAAGGCACGGGUUCCCAAUUCAUUUUCCCCGUGGAACCCUUUGACAUAGUGUAUCAACAUAGCAUGGCAAAAUCUGAAGCAUAAUUCCUUGUCUGUCCUUUUCAUAUCCAGCUGUGUAUUCUGGAAGACUUGUGAAAGAAAUGAUUUCUUGGAAUUGCUUUACCAAGUGCUUUACAAGGCCUGACCUCAUGAGUUGUAUCUGUAUAUAUGUACGUUCUCAUUAAGUCACUGUAGUAACUUGCACAGAAGCUAUCCUUAUGUAGCGGCACUGUCUUUUCUAGUAUAACUGAGAACCCUUUGACACAGGUAUGCAUUUAAUGUAAGUGUUUUGUAGGAUUGUAAGAUACAUUAUUUGUAUUAAAGUGAACCUGUAAUGACUGGUUCCUCCUCCAUAUGUUGAUACAGUGGCUUCUUUGCCAGCAUCUGAACUGAAUUGCCCAUGCGCUGUUAUUUUGGAGAGCAGGAGAGAACUCCCUUUAGGGAGAUGUCUGUUUCUCUCUGCGUGGUGAAGGGCCCUAUAUUGAAAUAUUAUUUUAUUUUAAUCUAUGUAUUUGCUUGCACAAUGUACAGAUGAAAUAUAAUUUAGUAUUUAAUUAAACGUGUACCAUGACAGGUACACUUUUAUUUAAAAUUAACUGCAUAUAGUUCUUGUAGUUAAUUUUUUUUUUCUUUUUAAGAAUACUAAUGCUUGCAUAUUAGCCAAUGAACUAAUUCAUUUCACCCAUCCCGUAUUUAUUUUGGCUGGAACCUAUUUCAAUGCUGUGUUAUGAUUAGAACUUUGAGCAGAAUAAUUGGAGUUUUUUUCAGUUGCAUAGAUCACUACAGAGUGAAGAAAGUAUUUAUUUGCACCUGGAGCCCUCAAACAUUCCUCAGUCCAGGGCUAUGACCUGUGACCUUUGCUCUUUGCAUCCUAAAUUAGCAAAUAGUUUUACUUAGCUAAGGCAAAAUAACUUAAUCUGGUUCUGUAGUCUCCUGCUUGUGUCCAGCAGUUGAAAAGAUUACCAUGCUGAACUGAAGUUGUGUGUCUGUUAAUUAAAGGAAAUAUGUCUGGAAAACGGGAUUUGGACAUGAACGGAGUCUAGUUUUGUAAUUUUUGACCUGUAUUGUGCUUCAUGUGGACAUAUAGUGUGUUCUAUGAAUAAGUUACAUUAUCAUUAUUAGUUUUUAAAAGGCGCCAACAUAUUCUGAAGCACUAUACAGUAGGUGGACUACAAGUCAAGUAUUUGCAACAAAAUAAGUUGAAAGCAGAGGAUGUCAAAGGCCCUGCUCAAAUUAGCUUAAAUUCUUGGUUGGGUAAAAUGACACAAGGGGUAAGAUGCAUUUCAUGUAUGAGAAAAGUAGGUUGCUAGGAGUAUAUACAUUUGUUGGUGAUACAGUAGCAAAAGAGGAGGCAAGGUGAGUUACUAUGGUGCAGCGAGAGAUGUUAACAGUUUCAUUGAUAAGCCUUCCUGAAGAAGUAAGUUUUCAAUUAUUUUUUUUGGUGUUGGAAUGAAUGGAGACUGGGUGAGAGUCUAAUGGAGCGAGGAAGGGAGUUCCAUGAGUAUGGUGCAACCUUAGAGAAGUCUUGAAGGUUGUCGUCUGAAAUGUGAGUACAAACAGAGGAUAGACACAGGCCUUCGGCAGAGCAUAGGGUCCCGAACGGGACAUUUUGUGUAUUAGUGAGGAUAGCUAGGUAGGAGCAGUCUUUAGUAUAGAUUUGUAACCAAGUACCAGAAUUUAUAAUUGAGCCCUAUAUCUUACAGGAAGCCAAUGUAACGACUGACAUAGGAGGGGGGGGGAACGUGGAUAGUGCAAGUGGACAGGAAGAUGAGCCUCGCCACAGUAUUCAUUAGAGACUUAGCUGGGAAUGUGUAAGACUAAUGAGAAGCUGAUUACAUUAGUCAAGGCUGGAGCCACAUCCGGUGUUAGAUAGGGGCGGAUGCAAGCAAUGUUUGUGAGAUGGAAGCGGCAGGAUUUGGCGAUUGACUGGACAUGAGUGGUGAAGAAAAGGUUGGAAUCAAAGACCGCACAUAGGCAGUGAGCCUGUGAGGUAGUGCUGAUGGUUGUGCCAUUGACUUUGAGGGACACGGGCGUAGAUAUGUUUGAGGCAGGAAAGAGGAGAAGUUCUGUUUUGGAGAGCUUCAGUUCAAGGAAGUAAAGCCAUCCAGUUAGAAAUAGCAGAAAGUCAGUCCGAAACACGAAUCAAAAGGGGACAGUGAGAGAUCAGGAGAAGACAGAUAGACUUGUGUGUCAACUGCAUACACGUGAUAUUGGAAGUCAACUGAGCUGAUGAGUUUAUCAAGGGAAGUAGUAUAGAUUGAGAAUAGGGAACAAAGGACAGAACCUUGGGGAACAUGAACAGAGAGGGGUUCACAUGUUUCUAGUUGUCUACUUUGGUGCUGUUUGUUAGAGACUGGUUGCAUGCCAUGUAUCCAAAGACAUGCAAUCAGCUUGAAUGUGUGUAUUUGUAUUCAAGGUGUGUAUGUGCCAAGGUUGACUCUGAAGGAAAGGUGAUAAGCACAGACCUGUUAUAAUUGGCACAAGCUUGUCAAACAAAAUUAAUAUUUAUGUUUGACUUUGCUUUCCCCAACACACCGACAUGUGCAUUUCAGUUAAGAGUGUGCAAAUACAUAUACGCUGUUUUAAAGCAGUGUUUGUACUUUCAUGUGUACAGGUUUGACUGGUGCAAUCAAGUAUGCUACAGUCUAUCCAGGAGGCAUACUGAUGCUACUAAAGAAAUUUAAGUUAUAUACACGCAUUCAGGCUUGGAAAAUCCAGGUUGCCAUGGUGUCACACAAAUGGGACUUGACCCAAAACUUAUCUCCCUUUUUAAUCAGGAGAGGUUAAAAAUGCUCCCCUAACCAACCGUUCUGACAGGCACACACACACCUGCUUUUUCAAUUAUACACUCUUUUCCUUGUUAUUUACUAAUUUUGGCUAUGAGGAAGGAGAGGAGAUGGAAGAUCUGCAGCACUAUCCUUGUGAGUCAGGGAACAACACACUGUCUGUUGAAUGCUUACUGACCACUGCUGGAGGAAGUGAUAUGACAUCACAUUCACUCGGCAGCUGCCUGAAUAUAGGGCUCUGGAUUGAUGUUGGGUGUGGAAAAUUUUUUUUUUUUAUUUUUUUUUUUUUUAUUCACAACAUCAUGCCUAUUAGUUCUACUGAGCUAAGCCAUGCAAUGCCAGUAAGCUAAAUCUCUGUAUCCCAGUAAUGAGAUCUCCAGCUUUACAGAAAUAUGUUUUAAGAGAACUGCAAAAUCCAUAUGUUUGAAAAUGUCAAGUAUUUUCAUUGCCUCAUUCUUUGUUUGCUAAUUUCUAGGCAUUACCCCAAGCAGUCUUUCACCAUGGUGGCUGACACACCAGAAAAUCUCCGUCUGAAGCAGCAGAGUGAAUUGCAGAGCCAGGUAAGGAAUACCAGUCAGAUUGUGUGUAUGCAUAUCUAGAGGGUUGUCUGGGAAACCCGUUUAACUGAUAAAAUACAUUUUAAAAUUUUGUUUUAUUUGCAUUGUUGGAUAGUGCUUGGUGCUUAAAAGAACACUAUUGCAUUAGUUUGCCUUUAUUUUUUUGGAUUCCCUCCACCCCUAAUCUAAAUUUUUUUUUUUUAAAUGGAAAGAAAGGUUUUCCUUACCUUUUUUUCCAGGGCUGAGAUCCAGUCACUGUAGCCGCUUGAUCUGCUUCCUGCGAAGUCAUACUGAAUCUUCUUCCAGAUCAAUUCAAUGCUCUUAAAGGGAUCCUGUAAUGCCAGGAAAACAGUGGUUUUCCUGGCACUAUAGGGUAAAUGGGUCCUCCCCCUCUUCAGCCACUUACCUGAAUCCAGCGCCGCCCACAUAAGAAAGCAGGACGUCCAGCGUCAGAUAACAGACCAAAAGUCUGUUUGGAUUCCGGAAGCCCUCUAGUGGCUGUCUGGUAGACAGCCACAGAGGGCAGACUUGGCGCUGCAAUGUAAACAUUGCAGCUGUCUGGAACUGCAAUGUUUUACAUUGCAGCACUAAGUGCAAAAGGUACACAGCACCCAGACUACUUUAAUUAGCUAAAGUAGUCUGGGUGCAUACAGUGUCCCUUUAAAACAAACAAAAAAAAGUGCGCCCAGUGAUGCACUUCUCCAAUUAAAUGGAGGUUUGCUGUGAGAACUGAGUGUGACUAUACUCACAGCAGAAGCGCCUCUAGUGGCUGUCAGGAAGAUGAUUAAAACUAAGAUCGUUUAAUUGAGAUGAAGUAGUCUGGGUGUCUUUAAUGGUCCUUUAAGAACACCCAGAGUGCUAAUUUGUGGAGUAGAAGAAAAAGUUUACACUCUGGCUGUCAGUCAAGCAGCAAAGUUGCUGCAGCAUGCGCGCGCACAAAGUAGGGAAGGCUCCCUGUCCUCUCUGGACUGUGCAUCCACAUAUCAACCACUUAACAGUGAACCUGGUUGUUUAUAAACUGCCAACAGCCAUGGUAUUGAUGCUGUUAGUUUAAAACAGGCCUGUUAAAGGAAUGCUUUAGGGAGGGAUUGCUGAUGCUGACACAAAUAUUAGCCAGGAAAAGAGAAUUGCUUAUUUUCAAAUGUUUCUGCUUUCCUGGCCAAUCUGUAUCAGCAACACUUAUGGGACAAUCAAAAUUCAAAAAAGGGUGGAAAUAAAGAGCACAAAUAAUAUAGCUGCAACAAAAACUUUAUUAUUGAAAACUGCAGAAUGAAGACCACUUAUCCCAAAUGAGGUGGUGAAAGAACCCAAAACAUUCAGAUGAUAAUGUCUUACAAAUGUGUUGGAGGAAGACCAAACUGCUGCCCUAUAAAGUUCCACAGUAGAGGGGUCUGCCAGCGAUGCCCAAGUUUCCAAGACAGCCCUGGUGGAAUGAGCUUUGUCUUCUUCUUUAGGCCAGCUUUUCCUGCCACUUGUUAUGCAUUCUGAAUGGCUGAUUUUAUCCAUCUGUGUAUGGUGACGGUUACAGCAAACAUGCACUUGUGAUGUGAUGAGUAGCCUGUUAGAUUUUCUGAUAUCCUUAGUUCUCACAAGAUAAAUUCGCAAUGUUCUAGCCACCUCCAGUGAUGGUUCAUGAAAAAAGGAUGGGAGAACAAUAUCUUGGUUGAGAUAGACUUUAAGUACGAAUUUAGGUAGGAAUUCUGGGACUAGGCUAAGAACUGCAGUUUCUCAUUCAAACAGAGUAAAUAGGGAAUAAAAAUACAGAUCCUAAAGAUCAGAAGCCCUACAAGCAGAUUUGAUGAAAAUCUGGAAAAAACACUUUAGGGUUAAAUUCCAUUGGUUCAAAUGGACAGCCAGUGAUGCUGUGGAGAACUGUAGGGAGAUCUCAGGCUGGAACAAAAUGUAUUAUUGGAGGUCUGACUCUCAUAACGCCUCUCAUGAAUAGCUUGAUGGUUGAAUCCAAAACCAACUGUACGUCUACAGUUGUCAUGAAGAAUCUGACAUUGAGACGGUAAAUUCUGUUUCGCUGGAAUCUCCCAUGGAUCUUCCUGGGAUAACAGGAGAAGUAACGGAAGCUACAAUCUCCUGGGCUUAUACGGGAGAAUGGCAAUAACUUCCACUUCAGCUUUCCGUAUUUUCCUGAGAAUCCUCUGUGUUAGUGGAAAGGGAGGAAAGACAGAAAUCCGAUUUCUGCGAUUGAGCAUCUUGUCCAUUCACCCUCGGAUCUAACAUCCUGGAGAAGAAUAUUGGAACCUGUCUGAUUGCAAAAGUUGAUCGAUUUCCGGCUUUAUCUAUUUGCUGCAAAUAAUCUGAAAAGUAUAUUUUUAAAAAAAAUGUAUGUAAGCAAUACAGUAAACGUAUUCAAUAAUACAAAAUAACACAAUAUAAAACUUGGUGGCGGGGGUGAUAUCCAUCCUACAUAAUAAAUUACAACAAUUUUCUUUGGUAGUAUUGUUAUGUAUCCUUUACCUAAGUAAGUAUCAUGGUUACUGUAUAAGUCUGAAAUUUACAAUAUGUUUCGGCAAUAUAUAGUAAACAAUUAUAAUCAUUUUCUUGAUGUCUUUUUUCUAUAUAUCCCAAUGAUAACCAAGUUUUAUUAGUGUUGGUGAAGAUUGUCUAGUAACCAAUUCGUAACAUUUAUUUUACAGUACAGAGUGUAACAUUUCUUUGACAGAUGGAAUAGCUAAUGACCGCCAAUGUCUGGGAAUAACUGUGGUAGCUGCAAUUUAGAAUGUGUCCUAUUAUGAGCCUUUCAAUUUUUUUUAAUGUUUUCAGGAAAUGUUGUCCUUCCAGUGGUAAGAUAAUUUUGGACAGUACCAUAGAAUGUGACAAAGAACCUACUAAUCCGCAAUUUUCCCAACACAUAUUAGAGAAUCUGAUGUUUAAUUUUAAUACGGAGCUAGAUACCACCUCCAAAUUAUUUUAAGAGGAUUUUCCCAAUAACUGAAACACUGCGUUAUUCCUAUUAAGGUAGAUGUAAAAUUGAGCCAUUCCUCAAUUGAAAAGUUUCUCAAUUUGAAUUGUACUUUGGGAUUAAUGUGUUUAUCCCCUAAUCCUUUGCACAUGUUGGGAAUAUGUCUAUCCACUAGUAGAAAUGACUUUUCUGCCUACAAGGGAAUGAAGUACCCAUGGUGGGCCUCCAAUACUCCUAACAAGGCUCACUCUGAGGUGAGCUGGAUUUGUUACCAAACCUUUUAUUAGGUCACAAAGCUGAUAUUGAUGCACUGUCCAAUAAAAAGCACAUUUAAAGAAAAAACUCAAAGCACCAUAAACUGCACAGACCUACUAUGAGGUAGAGCCUGUGAUAUCAUUAUAAAGAGUUGCAAAAUAUUGAGGUAUUUAUUUUUUGUCAUGGUACUAAACUGUUCAAAUACCAAUGUUAUUUGUCUACAUACAUUAACAGGAGAUCAUUACGUCUAAUACUUCGCCUUAAUUUGAAGAUGAAGGAAUACUUAUUUAUUUUCAGUGUAGUUGUAGAGCAGUUUCAACCAAGGAACAUUUCCCAUUAUACAAUAAAUAAUAAUGUUUCAGUAUUGAAAUAAUCAAAGCUAGGAUUUGUGUAGGCACUGUCAUAGUUGUUAAUAUGUAUAGGUUAAUUUCCAGUCGGAGUGCACUAGUCCACCUUUGCACUGCUCUGCAGUCACUCAUGUUAUUUGGUUCAGCAAAAGAGGAUUUUAUCUUACCUUCAUUCUUAAAUGAAAUAAGCAACUUGAUUACAGUUGGAUAUAAAACAGACACAAUUUGAAUGAAUGGAUUCUCUGUAGGUCCCAUGUAUGUGUUGAGACUUUUGCCCAGCUAAGCAUUCCAUGCUCUUAUUCAGCUUUUCGAAGCAAAGAUAAAUGUGAGUGUAUUGUAAGAAUGGGGGCGUGGCCUGACCUCGGAGGGAACUGGACGUGGUGGUGUGAGGCUCUGCAACGAAAACGCUGUUAUAAGCCUACAUUAGCACUCUAAAUAUCGCCAGACACCACUACCUAAUGGAGAAGAGGAACCCUAAGAAGGGCCCCAAAAAAAGGACUGGAGGCUGGGGCCUCUGUCAUCGAUAUGCUGAUGGCGAACAAAGCGGGCCCUGAGGACCAAAAUGGCGCCGAAGAAGGGCCGCACUCCUUCCUGGACCCCGCCACGCAGCAGGGGGGUUUUGGACUCUUCCCAGGGGGAUACUGCGCAGAUUUUGGCGAAACUGGCCGAGCUUAAAACUUACUUGGCUGGGGAGAUCGAGAGGUCCACGGCGGUGCUGCAGACGGAGAUUCAUACGCUUGGCGCCAGAACUGGGCGCUUGGAGGAGCGGAUGGAGGAGGCCGUGAGAGCGCACAAUGAGGUCGUGGCCCAAGUAAAUAUACUUACCUCGAGCCUAUAUGAAGCUGAUUUGGCGCUGGAGGACGCGGCAAACCGAUCCCGGCGAAAUAACCUCCAGAUCAGGGGUCUGCCGGAAUGAGAGGGAGAGGGACCCCUGGCAGACCUAAUACUCACCAUCUUUAAACCGCUCUUGCCGGAUGUCCCAGAGAACCUGUGGCAGAUAGAGAGGGCACAUAGAGCCCUGCGGGCCCGGUGCCCCGGCGCGAAUGCACCCAGAGACGACAUCGUCCGUUUCCUGCGCUACUCGACCAAAGAGGCGCUGCUGCGGAAAGGCAGAGAUGGGCCGAUCAAGCAUGGAGGAGCUACCAUAGCCCUAUACCAGGACCUGGCACCUAGCACACUCCAGCGCAGCCGGGAGUGGAAGCCUAUCACGGAGGCUCUGCGCUGGGCUGGGGUUUUCCUUUUCGCCUCAUGGCAUUUAAGGACGGUCGGGUGCAUCUGCUGACACCUGGGGGAGACCACAGGCGCGUCUUCAAGGACCUGGGGCUGGUGCCCCCUUUGAAUCUCCCAGCGGUGCCGGUGCCCGUAGAGGAGUUGCGGCCCCUGCUGAGUGAGUGGCAGGCAGCUGGAACCGGAGGCCACUGAGGCCGGAAGAGGGUAUUGUAGGCCGUUUCACCAUCACUCCGCCACCAACGGAACUCUGGGCGGUAUGUAGAGGAAGAGACUUGGACUCAUUGAUAUAUAGGCAAGGAGGCCAUGGGAGAGAGAGUCGCCCUGUAUGGGGGAAGGGAUGCACCGGCUAGGUGGAUAAGGCACUAGGUGGGGUGGGACAGGGAGGGAUACGGGGAAGGAGGACCUGGUUUUAAACCCCCGCUGGGGGAUGCACUCUCCCGGGCUGAGCAUCUUAAUUGGAUUCUACCACGGAGGACUUUUCGGGCCCACGGGGCAGGCGGACAGGAUGGGCACCCCAUACGAUGGGGCCAAUGAACGCUGGGGACCUGGUUGGUGGGGGGUGGACGCCAGGUCAGAUAGGGGGGGGCAAUGCCCUUCACUCCGGGAAGAGGGGGACCCAAUGCCCUUUUAGCGAUGACACCUAUGACGGUAGAGAGACACUUAAACCCCCUCGGCACCCCCACUGUGUGAUCCCGCCUCCCUCACUUUUAUGCGAGGUGCAGGGGUGAGUAGUCGAGCUGGAGUGGAGGGUCCGUAACCACACGGCCUGGGGGUUGCAGGGGGAGAUAUAGUAGGCAUAGGACUCCAGUGAGGGGGCAGGUCACCUCGGGGGAUCUGGCAUGGGGACAUUCCCCCUGGGGGGGGGACACACAGAGGGGAAGGGGAUGCGUACUACGGAGGGGGGAUUGGACGGAAGAGGUAGGACAGGGAUAUGUAGCCCGCAUGGAACCGGAGGCAAGCGCACCCAGGGGGAGCAGGACAGGAUAUAUGAAGGAGGGCGAAUGAGCGGCCGGAGAGGUGCAGGCUGAUAAGGGUUUGUUUUUACCAAAAAAAAAAACAGUCGCUCUCAUGGUGGGUAGCUAUACCACCCCUAACUCUUAUAGCUCUCAACCAAAAAUGGCAUAACCAUGGAUGCGGGUGGAUAGAAUCUACAGGCCUGGCCUCCGGAAGGGAGGGAUGGGGGUAGGAGUAAGUAUCUAGACCUUGGAGGGGGGAUCCUUCACCCCAGCAGGAGGGGGAUAUAGGGGACAGCUUAGAUAAGUGGGGGGGGUGCUCUGCUUUAUAGCAUCGCGGAUGGUCAAACCGGGUUCUGCCUCCUCCUCUGUAGCACGGGGAAGGAAGCCCGGAGGGAGGUGGCUAUCCUGGUGCGCAGUAGCUGCCCCCUGCAGAUUACAGGGACGGAUGCGGACGGAGAGGGACGCUAUAUUAUAGUCUCAGGAGUGCUCCUUCUGGGCCACCUUACUAGACAAGCUCCGCAAGCUGCCAAGAGGCAUGAUUCUUGUAGGAGGGGAUUUUAACGCAGUGCCGAGCCCUGCGGUGGACAGAAGUACCUGCAAGGGCCUGCCCCGGUUGCGUGGGGAGGGGGUGGUGGGGCAGGAUAAAUUGCUUCACGACUUUAUAACACGCUCGGGAUUAGUGGAUGUUUGGCAAGUCCAUCACCUGAGUGAGGUUGACUAUACGUAUUACUCAGCCCCACACGGCACCUAUUCCCGGAUAGAUUUCUUUUUAGUUAAUGACAGCUGCCUUGCACGUACCAUUGACUCGACAGUAGGGACCAUCACGUGGUCCGACCAUGCUGAGGUUACGAUCACCCUGGGGAAUCUAUGUGUAGCGUCCCCCUGGACUUGAAGGCUUAAUGCCUCCUUACUAAGGGACCCCACGAUUAAAGAACAAAUACAUACAGAGAUUUUGGACUUCUUUAAGGUUAAUGACACGCCUGAUGUCAGAAUACCCACGAUCUGGGCAGCACACAAGGCAGUAGUGAGGGGAGCCCUUAUACGUCAAGCGACAAAAAAGAAAAAAUUAAAAACACAAACCCUAGAGAGACUCCUUACUGACCUUAAGAUUGCAGAGCAGAGGCACCAGACCCAUCCUACAGGGGACACACUGAGGAGAGUAGAGGCUACUAGACAUGACAUAAGAACGCUACUGUUGGAUGAUGUGGCACGGUCACUGACAUGGACUGAAAAAAGUAAUAAAAUGAACACCAUGUUAGCCAGGACUCUACGGCCCCCGACAGCAACGUACGCGUAUCACUUCCAUACGACAUGCCGACGGCUCAUUGAAAACUACGCCUGGGGAGGUAGCGUUUUCCGUGACUUCUACCGGACAUUAUAUAAUCACACGCCUGCUGACACCCGGAGUGGCGCCCAGGAGACGGACCGAACCCACAGAUUCCUCCUAGAUUUAGGCUUACUGAGGCUUCCCAGAGAGGCUAGGGUACAGUUGGCAGCAGAGAUUACGGAAGAGGAGGUGGCUAGGGCGAUCGGGGGGCUUGGAAGGAAUAGGGCCCUGGGACCGGAUGGGUUUGACGGCACCUAUAAUAAGACCUUUAGGGAGGAGCUUGUACCCCCACAUGCUUAAUCUCUUUAACCACUUUCGGGAAGAGGGCACACCGAACCCGGACAUGACACUGGUCUCCAUUGUACUGCUUCCCAAACCCGCUGCUGCCUGGUAGUUACAGGCCCAUCUCCCUCAUAAAUCAGGACAUGAAGAUACUAGCUAAGAUACUGGCCGACAGACUUUCCCUACACUUGACAUGUCUUAUAGACCCCGACCAGGUAGGCUUCAUCCCAGGACGACAAUUGUUUGAAAAUACCCAUAGGAACAUAGACCUCAUACGGAAUCAAACCGUCACGAACACGCCCACUCUGGCAGUCUCUAUAGAUGUUGAAAAAGCUUUUGAUAGAGUUAAGUGGCAUUAUAUGUUCACGGUGCUACAGCAUCUGGGGUUCCCCCAGGAGUACAUUACAGUGGUGAAAGCUAUGUACAGUAAUCCUAGAGCACAGGUUCAGAUCUCGGGAGCGCCGCCUUCCCCCUUCCCGCUCUAUAAUGGAACUAGGCAGGAAUGCCCACUCUCCCCUCUACUUUUUGCCCUAUCAUUAGAGCCAUUUCUGCAAGCGCUCCGGAAACAUCCGGGAUCCACGGGGUACGGGUGGGAGGCAAGGAAUUUUUAGUAGCUGCCUACGCCGAUGACGUGCUUCUGACGCUUACGAGGCCUGGUGAAUCUAUGACUGCGUUGAGUGGGGUACUAGCAACCUACGGGGAAAUUUCUGGAUUUAAAGCGAAUAUGACAAAAUCGAGUGCACUCCCCAUUAGAAUGCCAACGGACGAUAUAGCCCAGAUACAUAGAGAGCAUCAUAUUAAGAUUGAGACACGUUCUCUCAAGUAUCUGGGAAUUCAAUUGACAGCUGACCCAGACGAAUUAUAUGCAUGCAACUAUACUCAUUUAUGGCAUGCAUUGAUGAGAGAUCUUGACAGAUGGAUCGACAAGCCAAUAUCUUGGAUCCACUCUGUCAAGAUGAACGUCCUUCCGAGGGCCCUGUUCCUCUUCUAGGCUCUUCCGAUUCCCUUGACUAGGGCACAACUUACCCCACUCCAGCGGGCAAUAGGGAAUUUUGUGUGGCAGCAUAAGAGGCAUCGCAUAUCCAGAUACAUCCUGUAUAGGCCGAGGACGAGGGGGGGGGGGGGCUCGGCCUCCCUGACCUAUAUCACUACUAUAUAGCGGCACAGUUAGCUCAAGUAGCACUCUGGCAUUCACCCCCAGACGAGCGGAGAUGGGUGGUCAUAGAGGCAUUCAUGAUGGGGAUAGACCUACCCCAGUUUGUGAUGUGGGUCCCUCGGGAACAUAGGCCACCGAUUGGGGUCACCUGUCCGGCGGUGUUGAACUCCCUACGGCUUUGAGAUUCUUGCAGCAGGAAAUAUGGGCUGGCGUCCUGUCCCUCACCCCUUAUGCCAAUACUGCGCAACCGGGCGUUUGCCCCGGGAAUGGCGGCUAGGAAUUUAAGGAACUUAGAACAUGCGGCCUGCAAAGACUACACCACCUCUACCGGGGCUCAGACAUAAUUACUUUUGACGAACUUCGCCAGGACAGACACCCAACACCUGCGGAUUUCUUUCGAUUUCUGCAUAUUAAGGACUAUGCCAGACAACCCCAUAUAAAGGCAAUAGCACAGGGGACACUGACGUUCUUCGAAUCUAUGUGCGAUUCAGGGUGCAUACUGAAGGGACUCAUAGCACGACUCUGCACACACUUCUGCUCAGCUGCACGGCAGUGGGAUGAGAUGACCUAUAUUACACAAUGGGAACAAGACCUGGGUGAGGAACUUGAGGGAAUAGAGUGGCAGGAGAUUUGGGAGGCUAGUAGAACAACCUCAGUAUGUGUAACAUUACAAGAACAAUCCUUCAAAACAAUGUUCCGGUGGUAUGUGACCCCAGUCAAAUUAUUUAAGAUGCACAAAACCACCACGGACGAAUGCUGGAGAGGGUGCGGGGACAAGGGGACUUACCUGCAUAUGUGGUGGGGAUGCCCGAGAAUCAGGGGAUUUUGGGGGGCCAUAAAGGACCUGCUGACCCAGGUUUUCUCCAGAGCCCCAGAUUUAGAUCCUUGGGUGUAUCUCCUCAGUAGGUCGGUAGACGGAUGGACGAGACGGGAGCAGACACUAGUCCAUAAGCUCACUUUGGCAGCCAGGAGAACGAUAGCAUACACCUGGUUAAAGCCAGAAACAGCACAAAUGGCAAGUGUAUACUCACGGAUAAGGGAGGUGAGACUUAUGGAUGACCUGACGGCUAGACUGCGGGGAUCCUCGGGAGCAUUCCGUAAGGUUUGAGAGCCAUGGGAUGGGAGUCCGCUGGGGGCUUAGGUGGUACGGAGAAGCUUUUGAGGGGUGGGGGGGCGGGGGCGCGUGUCCCGCGUCCUAUCCCUUCCCCUGGCUCCCCCUUCCCGCGGUCUUCUCCCCGGUGUCUCAUUGCCCCAUCUUACUUACUUAUUCUUUCCUUUCCUCUACUCUAUUCUUGUUUCUCACACUUUCCUCUGGUUCGCCACCAUUACCCUCUCUCAUAGGGUAAGGUGCCGAACUUAGUAUGGUACCGCUUAUGAUGCACCUGAAAUAGGGGGUGAAGCAUCCUAUUUAUCUCCUGGGAUGCUAAUUAAGGGAGUGGGGUACCUAGGCUAAGGAUAUUGCGCUAACUUUUGUUUGACACGUAGCUUCAAUGUGCACAUGUAUCACGCCUAUACAGGGAUGUCCCUGUAAUAGUUUGAAGAAAGGCAACGACUUUGCUUUGAAUAUGUCUGCUUAUGAUGCUGUACGAGCCAUAAUCUUGUUACUCUCAUGCUAUUAUGUAUAUACAAAUGUGCUAUGUUAACGGCCAUACUUUGGAAUGCUAUGAAAUGCCUGUAAUUGCUGUCGUGGCUCUGCACGCUAAUUUGUUAAUGUGUGCACAUAUAAAAUAAAAAAUAAUAAAAAAAAAAAAAAAAAAAGAAUGGACUCCAGUCUAUAAGGCCAUUACAUGUGGAUGACAGUGGUAAUUCAAAGAGAUUAAAGGACCACUCUAGGCACCCAGACCACUUCAGCUUAAUGAAGUGGUCUGGGUGCCAGGUCCUUCUAGGGUUAACCCAUUUUUUUUUAUAAACAUAGAAGUUUCAGAGAAACUGCUAUGUUUAUCAAUGGGUUAAGCCUUCCCCCAAAGCCUCUAGCAGCUGUCUCAUUGACAGCCGCUAGAGGCGCUUGCGUGCUUCUCACUGUGAUUUUCACAGUGAGAGCACGCAAGCGUCCAUAGGAAAGCAUUGUAAAUGCUUUCCUAUGCGACGGGCUGAAUGUGCGCGCAGCUCUUGCCGCGCGUGCGCAUUCAACCCAGGAGGAGGAACGGAGGAGGAGAGAAGGAGGAGAGCUCUCCGCCCAGCGCUGGAAAAAGGUAAGUUUUUAACCCUUUCCCCCUUCCAGAGCCGGGCGGGAGGGGGACCCUGAGGGUGGGGGCACCCUCAGGGCACUAUAGUGCCAGGAAAACGAGUAUGUUUUCCUGGCACUAUAGUGGUCCUUUAAACUGGAGGGGCAGUGACAGCAAAGUUGCUGAUAUCAGUAAAGGAAAGAAUAUCUUGUGAAGCUAGAGAGAUUUUUUUUUUUUUUUUUUUAAUUUUAGGUUUUUUUUGUUUUGCUCUAUAACGGUAAAGUUCUGUAACUCUCUGCCCAGCAAAUGGUUAAUAUACUUGAUGUCAAAGAGUUAGAGUGCAUAUUAUCAAAGCAUGUCCUAGAGAUGCAGGACAUAUUUAACCGCUUACCAAGUCAAUCGGUUUUUAGUGUGUGUGAGAGAUUAUUUUUCACUGAUUCGUUAACCGUGUCAUUUUAAGUUUUUUUUUGUUUAUUUUUUGCUAUUCUUCAGAUUCGUUACAAGGAGGACUUUGAAAAGAAUAAGGGCAAGGGAUUCAGUGUUGUUGCCGACACUCCUGAACUCCAGAGAAUUAAGAAAACUCAGGACCAGAUCAGUAAUGUAAGUGUAAACACUCAGACAUGCCACCUGCACGCUGCAACAUUUCCAUUAUUUAGAAAGCCAAACCACUUUACUAUAAUGCUAAAUAGGAACUCUGCCAGGGCUUGUCUAACUUUCAUUAGUGAGGGAUUUUGGUACUUGCCUAAAUCACUGCUGCAGUGCUAUGUGCUGUCCCAGUUCUAUACCAUACCUUUUGUACAUGUAAUAUACUCUCCAGAUUGAUGAGGGAUUGGCAGAGUAAUACUCUUGCUCUAUAAACAAGGAGCAGAAGCCUCCAAGUAUCCAGAUACAAGGUGAUUAUAAUGGAUGAUUGAGAAAUGUACUUUAAUUUUUUUUUUUUUUUUUGUUUAGUGCAGUUUAUAUAGUUAUUAAUCAUUUGUUAUGUGUGUGAUUAUUUUAUACAUAAAUAUAUAGAUAGAUAAAAUAUAUAUAUAUAUAUAUAUAUAUAUAUAUAUCUAUAUAUCUUUGCUACUGAGACAUGGGUGAGACAUGGGUAGAAGAGAAAGCCUGACUGGCCAUUGUUAGAAGUAUAUUCAUUGCUUGGUGUGAGUGGUGUGUAAAGACUUUCUUUUGGCUUAUAAAAAAAAUCUAUACCUCUAUUGUUCCUACAGAUAAAAUAUCAUGAAGAGUUUGAUAAGAGUCGGAUGGGGAACCCAAUGAUUGAGGGGGCAGAUAUGGAUCGUAGAGGGUCUGACGAUGGUGCCAAUUACCGCAGAACUCCAUCAGAGAGCAUUCCUCAUCACCCACCUCCUGCCAGCAGUUCAAGUAAACAUAUAAAUAAAAUAGCUUAUAUGCCGUUAUAGCAAUUAUAAUCCAAUAUUUAGGACACCUUUUGUAAUAUUCAGAUUGCAUCAUCUGGGGUUGCACCAUGUUAUUACAAAUGGACUGCCUCAAUCCCCUUAAAAUGCAUUUAAUUAUUUUUCUUUAAUGGAUAAAAUCCUUGUGACAGAGCUGUACUCCUCGCUGCUUCGAAGGUGACUGAAGCACUUCUUACCCAGUUGCCAAAGCUUGCCUGGGUCUCUCAGGACCUCUUCCACCGGACCAGGUUGUAGCUCUCUUCUUCCAGGCAGGUAUCAUCCCCUCUGCCUGCCCUGUCUCCAAAUACUGCCUUUACAAAGGCACUUGUGGCUCCCGGGCCUUGCUCUUUCUUAUCACGUCCAGGGACCAGUGCAGACAGCCAACUCUGUUACUGGAAUUCCCAAAGAAACCAGACAGGACACAGCGUUACCAAGGGAACUAACACACAGUGCUUUAUUUGCAUUCGGGACUAGCACCUAUCCACAUUAAAUUAAACUUAUGGCAACACACUCAAUCCAAUACAUUGUAUGGGAGGGAAUCAUGCAGUCAUUCGUAAUAAUACAAUGCAAUAUUUAUAAAGGGAUGGGUAAGACAAAGUGCUAACAUGAAAUACGUCUACUACCUGUAUAAACAAUAAUAUGCAGCUCUACCUGAAUAUGCAAAUUAACUAGCCUUGCCUUUCAGGUACUAAAUAUAAGUGUUGCAGCAACAACAGGUGGUGCUGCAAAGGCAUGCAAGAUCUUUUGCAACCAGUUUGUACAGAACACCAGCAUGACAGGAGAGCAUACAAGAUUUAAAAAAAAUAAACAAAAAUAAUGCACAUUCUGCACAUAUAAUGGACACAGCUGAACUGUGAGAAAAACUGGGAAAUCACGAGAGAUAUCAGACAUACACAAACCGUUCCAUAACUCCCAACAACAACCCCAGUCAUUUGUAAGUCCAGCCCAAGGUGGAGCAGCUGUGGGGAAAAUGGAUGCCAACAAUUACAAAAAAGGGCAAAGUUUAUAUGCUCCCAGCAAUGGUGACAACUGUCACACCUUAUUCAGAAAGAUUUUUUCCUUUGAAAUUCCAACACCUUAAAAACAUAUACCAUAAACAAAGUAGGAAUUUGUUGAUGGGGUACAAAGGAGCUGAUUAUGAUUAUGCCUUAACUGCACAGUGUGUGUUUUUUUUGUUUUGUUUUUUUUAAGGGACAUUCCACUGUCCAAAUAAAAAAUAUUUUUUAAAAAGCACUGUUUAGUAUAUAUACCCCAAAUUAAAACAUCCAUGCUUUUAAUUAUACAUUUUUAUGGAGUUAGAUCUAAAACUAGCUCGUGCAGCCGCAGCUCUUGUCUGCUGCUUCUGCAAGCCCUCUUCUUCUAACUCUGCCCAGACUUUCUGUGGCUGUCCAAUCACAGACUUCUCGAAGCAGCUGAAUGAGAAGUCUUUGCAAGGCAGGUGCUCUGGGCAAUUGCUGCCUCUUGAGUUCAUAGCAAAUAAUCUUGCCAAACCAGGAAGUAAUAGGUCCUGAUGUCUGCUUUAAAAACCAGGAGGGUGUAACCAGUAUAAUUUAUAAAAGUGUAAAUUUCAAUUCCAAAAUGAAAAAAAAAUAAGGACACAAUCUUCACACAUUAAGCUGUUCAGUAAGCUAAAGUGCUUUAGGGGUCUGGAGUGUCCCUUUACAUGGGAAUAAUAAACCAUAUUUUUUAACUGAAAUUUUAUCAGAAUAUAUUAUUGUUGAUUUGGGAGCCAUCCUCUUUUCAGCUCCUCAGCACACCUACGUGGUGUUGUUCUCUCCUCUUUUUGAGUGAUCAGCUAUUUAUACCUUGUCUCCGCCCCAUCCUCAAGAUUAAGCCCACUAUAGAUAAAAUGCAUCCCAACCUUCUCGCUAUACUGGUCUGCAGUUAGUAAAAUUACUAUACAGUGGUACCUCGAUUUACGAAUUUAAUGCGUUCCUUGGGACGUUUUGUAUUGCGAAAAAUUUGUAAACCGAAACGUGGUUUUCCAUAGGAAUGCAUUGAAAACCAAUUAAUCUGUUCCGGAGGUCAGAAAAAAGUCAAAAUGAGCUGGCAUGGAAACCAACCCACAAUGCAGAACACACAGUAAAAGACAUGAAAAUGACAAUGCUCAGCUCCCUACCUUUCCAGCGCUUCAGAAAUACACCCAAAAAGUCCCAAAACCGCUGCAAAAAAUUUCCAGAAUGGAUCCAAAACUUGAUGCAAAAGCUGCUCCAACACCUCCACACUCGACGCCACGUGCUACCCACAGACUCCAACAUGCAAUGCAUCCUGGGGAAAUUUGCUCUGUAUUGCGAAAUAAAUUCAGAAACCGAGGCAUUAUAUACAAUGGAUUUUUGCGAAAUAAACCAAAAAUUAUGUUGACCGAGGUUUUUGAAGAGAAGGUACAACAUGGUUAUUAAUGCAUAAUUAGCUGGUAAGCCAUUUGUUUUCAUUUCUGGAUCACUGGCCAGAGCACGUUAGAUCUGUAUGACAAUGUUUGUACGUCUCAAAAUAACUUUGCUAGGUAUCCUCAUGAAGGAGACUAGAGAGAAUUUGUAGUUAUGAGGGAUAAAAUUCUGAGAGCCUUUACAUCAUACCACAGAUUUCAUUAAAACAUGUCACCCCUGUGCCAAGACCCCAUUAGUGACAGGUUUGUGAGAUAGCAACAAUUUACCAGCUGCUGCUUUUCACUUCAUCCUGUGUAGCUCACCUCCUCCCUCCAAGGUUUCAUUUUAAGUCAUCUUUGCCCUGCUUAAUUUUUAGGUUAUCAACCGCAACCGCCGCAGCAGCACCAGCCGCAAGCCAAAUAUGGCUACCAGGAACCAGUGGUCCCAGUGUCCACCCAGCGCAGUACCCCUGCAGGAGGGGUGAGUAUACGCUGCAUUAAAAGACUUUUGCGUGUGUGUUCCAUUCAUUUUCGUCUCUGCUACAUGUUCUUUUUUUUGUCCAACAGAAGCGUUUCCGUGCAGUGUAUGAUUACAAUGCAGCAGAUGAAGAUGAAGUGUCCUUUCAAGAUGGUGAUACAAUUGUCAAUGUGCAGCAGAUUGAUGAAGGUUGGAUGUAUGGGACCGUGGAACGCACAGGGGAUACAGGCAUGCUUCCUGCAAAUUAUGUGGAAUCCAUCUGAUCAGGAGAUCCCACCUCAUUUUCUCCUUUCCAAAAAUCAUGAAGCAUUCCAGUGCAGCCCUCUCCCAUGUAGCUUCUGAAGGGGUGGGCUUCACCUCACCCUCUAUUCCAGCAUUCUCUUGACUCUUCUGCCUCCCUCAUAGAUGCAGAAAGAAUAAUUACCUCUUGCUUCAUCCUUAAACUCUUGAGGAAGUAUAUUGGGGUGGAAUCCCACUCCCCACAUUUUCCUCCUUUCAUGUCUUAUUGACUUCUGCGUAUGCGCUUUGCACUGGUUUAAUUUAGUUUUUUUUUGUUUUUGUUUUUUAAUAGAUUUUAAGGAGUGGGAUCCCUUAUCUCCAACAAUCACAUUCAAGAAAAUCAUUGCCCCUCCUCAAAUUAAAAUUAACCCAGAAUAAAGAUUAAAGAAGCAUACCAUGGCAGCUAUAGAACUGCUUGCUUCACUGUCUAAUACUGUUUUCAUUUGUUAGGGGUUUAAUACUAGUACCAUUUUUGGUUACUCUUUUGGUGUAAAUAGCCAAUGUUCCAUUUUCUGUCAUGAACCUUCAGAUUCAUGAAGUGGCAGCUAGUCAGUGAUACCUUGAAAUAAUUGUUUGGGAUUCUUAAUGCAUACAUUUCCUCAUCUUAACAUUUAUUUCAUGGUAUCACUUCCUGCAAAGAAAUUGUCCCCCUUCACUGAUAUUGGCCAUUCAACUAUAUGUUCUUGGCACAGCUAUGUGAAGGCCAUUUCAACAAAGGAUUAUUUAGGAACAUUAAAAGUUACACCUACAGAUUAGUAAAGAAAAUAGGUGUAAGUGGACGAAGACCGUGCUGACACAGAAAGGGUUAUGAGGCCAUUUGUUUUCUUGUUUUAGUUUUUUACAGAAGUCAUGUUUGUGAUGUUUGACUCCAAAUGAAAUGAUGGGUUCUCUGUUUCCUUGCACCCAUCUGAUUGGGGUCUAAAGAGUCUUCGUAAAUCUAUUUAGAUGCUCAUUUCUGUACAGUUCACAACCCUUCUGGCGUCAGGCUAGGGCUCGUCACAAAAUAUCCCUUUGCUGCAAGAAAAUGUGCUAUUCAGUUGUCUAAAGUUUAAAACUGAAAAAAUAGAACUAUAUAUAGUCUAGUUAAACAGCAUGAGAGAUUUAAUUAUAAUAUUUUUACAUUGAAGAUUCACUCCCCCCAAUAUAUUUUAUAUAUAUAUAUAUAUAUGUGUGUGUGUAUAUUUUCCCCAUUUUGUUAUAUAGCAAAACAUCAACAACAGACUUUAAGGAUUUAAUCAAGGGACGGUUUGUGUAUGGUUAUCAAGUAAAGGUGGUGUGUUGAACAUAUAGGGGCGCAUUAACGGUCUUCUUAGUGCAUUUAAAUUUGUGUCCCUCAACGCUCUAUUUUUUGUCCCCAACUGCUGUUGUAGAUCUCAUGGUCCGUAACAUUUUACAAUCUUUAGUUUAGAUACAAGGGACAUUUUUCUUUUCAUUGUUUGGUGUGUUUUUUUUGUUUUUUUUGUGUGGUUUUGUUUUCUUAAGUGUUGAGUUUUGAUGACUUAUGGUCCAUUUUUUUGGCAUUGCAUACAGGCUAAUCUGACAUGGUGCUCCCUCUAAUAAUGCAAGCUUUUUGCCUUCUCCAUUUAUUUAAACUGUGCCAACAGUUUGUUGUGCAAAUAACUGUCAUCAGAGAGAGUUACUAAGUAGCUUUUAGGGGAAUUGCAGAAGCCAUUUUAGUUUUCAUGCGGUUUUGGAGAGUCAGACAUUUUUUUUGCUUGAGAUACUUUAGAUCAUAAAUGGUCGUCAGUGAAGUGCCAAUGUAGCCACAGACCCUCACAAACAUCUUGAGCCAAAUUUCUGCACACUUUUCUAAUUUUAUUUAAUUUUAAUUUGCCUUAUAGAAAAUAUGAAAGGUUGAGCAAUGCCUAUACAUAAAUAGUUUUUAUAUAAAAUAGCACACUGCGAUACGCUUACAUACAUACGUGAAGGUUAGAAGAAGAUGCCCGCAUUUGAGAUAAAGCAAAUAAUUAGAACAGCAAGGAAUGACAAAAAGAAAUUAAAACUGUAUUCUAAUAGGGUGGAAACGCCACAUAGCUAUAACUGAAAUUAUAGUUUUUAGCAUAAAAAAAAAAAUGCACAUGACUAUGAACUAAUGGCAGCCACUUCUCUGUGAUGAAUUUCAUGCCUAGCUAUAGCAAUAAAAGUAAAAUAGAUACAUUCCGUAAGACUUGUGUACAUACACAUCUUUAAAUGUGCUCUUUUAUAUAUAAUCAACUUUAUGUUUAAGCUUUACUGUCCUUUUAAAUGUGUGUUUUGUGUGAGGAUAGUGUGGAGUAGCCUGUUAAUAAGGAUGAUAAAAUAGUAUGUUUAAACAUUAAUACAUUUAAAACAUGGCCUUUAUUCGUAUAGUGUCAUUUCCAGUUUCUUAUGGGUAUCAUAUUGUAUUGAAUUUAGUUUGCCCCAUUGUGGUUUGACUGAAAUAAAAGCUGCCAUGUUUGAGGCUUCAAUGCAUAUUACACAGUCCUCAACACACAUGAAUGGUCAUUUUCUUUGCAACAAGACUUAUUGCAGAACUGCUCCUGCUUCUAAUGUUAAGGAUAGGGAAAGAAAGGAUUUGGUGGUUAUCAAGCACAAAUUUUUGCAAUACCACAUUUUGCAGCAUGUUUCAAAGCACAAUUACUGGAGAAAAACCAACUGGAACAGUGAAUAUUGGGAGAUCAUAAUACUGUAAAAAUAUAACAUUCCUUUUUUACAUCGGCAUUACACACAGGCUGCCGUAGCAGGACCAAAUUGGUUGGUCUACUAGAUUUGACAUCACCUUUUCUGUUAUAUGAUUUGCCUGAAUGUUAUCUCUGAAUAAACACAAGGCAAGGGUGAGACAGUGAAUUCUACUUUAGACAUUUUCAUAGGACCAAGUUAAGUCUUUUUUUUCUCUACUAAGAAAGUUUAAAAAUGUUGGCACAUUCCUAAGCCAACCUGACUGGACCAAAUAAUUUUUAUCCUAAAUAAAUGCACUCUUGCUUAGGAAAGUGUGGACCCACAGUUGCAUACAUUCCACCCCCUACCCCAGACACUUUUUGUAUUGUGUACUGAUCAAAUCAUUUUUCACACACUUUUAAGUUGUGCUAUGUUUUUUGGUUUGUUUUAUUUUUUUUAUUUUUAUUUUUUAUUAUUUUUUUUUUUUUUUACUUUCUGUAUCACCCCCCACCCCUAGCUGGGAAGCCUUUGUAUUGAAUUGCUUGGGCCUAUAAUCAACAAGUAAAAAAAAAAUCAUGAUUAAAAAGUCAAUCAUGUUGCUACCAAGAAAAGCUUUCUCGGUUUACUCAGAUUAAAAAAACAAACAAAAAUAAAGGUAUCAUUUUUAUGUGUGA